GGGCGGCCUUCUUAUUCGUGCUCCUUCUUCUUAUUUACACAGGAGCGAAUGCACAGGUAAGUUUUUUCUUCCAAACUCGCCUUUACAAUUGUGCUGGGCCAUUUCCAAGUCUGUAAGAAUUUCACGUUUCUUCAACGUGGGGUAUUUCGCGUGUUUCCCUUCCUCGCACUCGCGUUUUUUACGCGCGUGAGCGACGCGAAUGAGAUUUGCGCGUUGUCGAAGUCAAUUGCCGGUUUAGCUCUGUGUUUUACUUGGAGUUUUGGUGUCAUUCAGAUAAACAGAGCACUAUUUUGAUUUGCCAUCACAAAUUUUUCGUCUUUCGUGAGUAAAUGUAAAUUCAGAGAUAUAAAUUUGUUUUGAAACAUUUGUGGCUUGAAUGGAAUUUGAAUAGUUUCUAUUUGAACUCUUCAUUGAUUCUUGCGGGUAAUUUAUUUUGCCGGGAUAAAUUUUUCUUUUUUCGUGAGUAAAUGUAAAUUCAGAGAUGUACAUUUGUUUUGAAACAUUUGUGGCUUGAAUGGAAUUUGAAUAGUCUCCAUCUGAACUCUUCAGUGAUUCUUGUGGGUAAUUUAACAUUUUACAUCCCAGAAAAUUUCUUAACUACGAUCGCUGAAAUCAGUUUUUCUGUAGCACAGUAUUAAACAGGCCUUGCAGUUUAGUUUAAUAAUACUCAUUUAUUUUAAUCGUCACACUUCAGUGUGUCAUCAAUAUCUACUUGAAAGUUCAUAAAGCACUUGUGCAGGGUAACAAACAGCACUGUCAUUUCAAUUCCUGUGUCACCUGAAUUUUUCCAGUGAAGGACUUUUUGUUCUUGACUCUUCACCUAAUAUGAAAGUUUUAAAAUUGCCAGUUUAAGAAAUUCAAUUUCUUCAGGUGUGGAGGUCAUCUGAAUGUGGCCAAACCUUUUUUAUGGUCAUAUACAUAUUUAAUGCCACAACCAAACAUCUCUUUGCAGACAGCCCUCGCAGUUGAAUGUUUUCUGAAUACACAACAAAUUAUUAAAAUCAGUGAGGCUCCAUUAGUGUUGAAAUUCCUAAAAACAGGGGCAUUUAAAAGAUAUGGGGGACCAAGAACAUAAGGUUGGAUCAAAGCUGCAGUAUCAAAAAAGACAUCUGCAAGCACAAUGGGGAGCUUAAGCAACUACGACGACGACCACAACGAUGACUUUAGGUUUAAUGAUCAAAACAACAGCUCUGCACGUGCAUCACGCUUUUUAGUGCAUUUCUUUGACAACCACAGCUUGACUACGACGUGAAACCACCUAAUUUGACGUUUUAUGGAGGACAUGGACAUACGACAACAAAUCUUUCUUCCUCUUUUUGAACCUGAAUAAAAUCCUUAAGAAUUCAACUCCAGGAAAAGUCGCCUGCAUUUGACAUAUUGAGCGGGUCCAAAUAGACGCAAUUAAGUUUGAAAGAAUGCAAAUUCAUUUUUUUGGUGACGUUUUCACUGCUGUUGUAGUCAUCUUUGCUUAAGGUCCCUAAUAAGUUGUUGUGGACAACCCCAUGGCAAACCUGACUUUUUUUCCUUAAUUAGCAAAAAGCUCCCCUUCUCAAUACGUAAAGCAAAGAGUUUGGUUUUUUUAAUUUUUUUUCAAGCUUGGGAGUUUCAGUAAAAUGUGGCAAAGGUUACACUGAUAUGUAAGCCAGUGUAGGUUAACAAGUUUUUUUUUUUUUAAGGAGGCACUGUGCAUGUCACGUAAAUGGAUCAUCUUGCUCAAAAAAAAAAAGAAAAAUGUCAAAUCACAUUUCUAAACUCUUCUUUUAUGAGAAUUACUUGACAUAGAUUCAACACUUGACAGGCAGCUUGGUGCUUUGGGUUUAUUCUGAUCAUGAGUUAACUAUCAAUUUAUUCUUAACUUAUCAACAAACUUUUUGUGUCUCCUUCCCCAUUUGUAAACGUGCCCACAGCAAGUAGUGUACAGCAGGACAGUUUAUCAUGCAUGAGUUUGAGUUAUCAAGUUUGUACAGACUGUAAUAAAAUAUUGGUCCUCCAGUGAUCUUCAUGAAUAAGCUUGGGUAACCAAUCUGCUCCCCAGCAUCAAUAUUAUCAGGCCUUGAAAAUGCAUUUCAUUACUUUUACACAACACUUUUGGAUGACAACCUAGAUCAGUGGCCAUUUAAUUGAUGUCCUUUUGUGAGGUUUUAUUUCACUUUUUAACAUUUUACAAAUGAAAUUUAAGAUGUCUGUGUUGUAUUUUGAUUAAUGACCUUUGUGGAAGUGGCUGGGUUAGCCUGAUAGACAACUGGCUUUUUAAGCCAAAAUGUUGCUUGUAAGUCAAAAAAGUGAAGAAUUUAACUUCAAGAAUCCUGGUGAAGUGUUAUAGGUUACAGCAAAAAGAAUUUAAGAACCCAAACAGUCACUGGGCAGGUGUCACUUUCAUCAUUACUGUCCUCAAUAGUUUAUUGCGGCUUCAUAAAGGCUGGAUGCCAACUUUUCCCCCAGUUUAAUGAAAAAUGUUAAAUGUAUUUAUUUGAUUGUGUUUCAGGACCAAAAUAAUGAGGAAUGCAACUGUAAACCUGGGCAGAAAGGUUCACGGGUGAGUUAACAUUCUGUGGCAUAUUAACCCUUUAAAGCUGGACCAACUUGAAUUUCAAUCUUCUUAUAUAACGUAAUACUGUUUUAUCAAUAACUGAAUAAUCUGUAUACACUGAUUGCCAGAAAUAACUGUAGUCUGUUGGCCAAUAAUCUGAAUAAUAAUAACAGUGUAUAAUAAAAUACAAUAAUGUGCCUGCACUUUCGGCCAUGUAAGCAUGGAGUCAGAUUUCGUUUUUUUUUUAUGGGUGAAUGAAGGUAACAUUACAUUUUGAUAGUAAUUUUUUCAUUGUCGACAAAAUGUUACUGAUUUUGUGGCUUUUGUACUGCUGCACAGGAUUGGUACAUGAUUUCAAAGCUAUUUUAUUUUCCUUUUUAGGGAAGGCCGGGUCAAGUUGGUGCCCAAGGACCCCAGGGAGCAGAGGUUUGUUAUAUAUUUUAAGCAUCUUUUGGCCAUUCAGAUUGAGAACUAACUUUCAGCUGUCAAACAUUUAUGAUUUCGCCUCUGUAACUGGUGUAGUUAUAAUAAUUUUAAAUUUUGACCCUGCUCGCAAUAGAGCCUUUAACAGCGUCUGAACUAGAACUUGGAGGUUUGUGAGUUCAAUAGUCCAGUUUCGAAUUAAAACUUACCGCUGAAUAUAAACAUUAACAACACAUUCUUACAGGGUUAGCCUCGACAUAAAGAAAAAUAUUCAGAAAUUAUGGCAAGUAAGUGCGUGAAAUUUGAAUAUACACAAUAGACAGAGUAAUAAACAGGUCUUUUUCUCGUUGGAAUUUGUGAAUAUAUUACUUCAGAUUGAGGCUAAGGCUGUCAAAAAUGCGUCUUCACCUCUUUAAUUCAGCGGUCAUAGUGAACUCAAAAAUGGACUAUUCUCACCUGGAGCUGGAAAUUUUUUCUGAACUUUCUGGUAUAAGAAUUCUCCUUCUUUCAAAUUCUAAAGUUUGUACCAAUAACAAUUAUUGUUGUUGUCACAGUGGUGUCAUUGAUUGUGCAUGACGUCGAGAUGAAUUAAGGUUUCCAAGCAACCUCACUUCCACUAGGUGCACUAGGUUAUUCAUCCUCUGUGCAUGAAAAAAAAUUUUUACUGGUUGUGAAUCGCAACCGAUUCCCUCAUGCAAAUGCAGGGAACUGCAAACUGUACAACGCUGUCAGCAAGAGACAAUCUCGACCGUUUUGUUAGACACUUAAUGCUUUGUCCACUGUAUUGUUCUUCAAGUGCAGCAAAAUGAGUUAAAGUACGGCUUUUACCAUCAAAACCCUGCUUAUUUUCCUCGAAAUUAUAUAUCCUUGAGUUCUUGAUGAACACAGCUCCUCCAGAUUCAAACAGCGUCUACUGGCAGAAUUUUAUGGGCGGAAACUUUAGAGAUAAUAAUUUAACUCUUCUGCUUAACACUUGGUAAGGUGACGCAGUCAUCCAGGAGAUGACCUUGUACAUGGUAGGUUCAGGGUUCCAGCCGAGAAAGUUUUUUUUUACUUUUUUGGCCAUUUGUUAAUUUGUUUGUUUGUUAUUUUGUUACCAUGCAUUUCCAUUAUUUUUUUACCUGUUGGCUGGUUUCAAUUUGUUCAUAUUGCUGUCCCGUCACAGCUUUGGGAGUUGUUGCAAUAAACAUAUUUCUAGCUAUUUAUUGUUUGUACAUAUGCUAACUACUGUUUUUUUUUUCAAAGGGCCCUAGAGGAUUUGAUGGAUUUAGAGGCUUGAAAGGAAGCAAGGUAUGAGUCUUAAAUAUCUAUGUAAACAGUACAUUGUAGCUGGUCAUAUUUAUUGAUAAUGAUAUGGAUGUUGGGUGUCUGGACUAUCCAGCCCAGCCAUGAGCCCCUGCAAAACGAAAAAACAGGAACCUUUCACACUGAAAAACAUCAAAGGUAAGGGGAAGGGAGGGGAAAAUGGCUGAAUGAAACUUUGAGGCAAAAAAUGCUGUGCAAAGAAAAGUGCUAACAUGCUAAUAAUAAGUAUGUGAACAAAGUUGAAAACUGCUGGCAUGGGCAUGCACUUACAGAUCGACCACAGACCACUAGUUCUGAAGGUACUCUUUGUUGUUAAUGUCCUCCAAUUGCAUGAAAAUGAGUGGGCAGUUAUUCAAAGAAAUAAUGUAUGAUACACUGUAUCUUAAAACUUCUUUCCUUAUUUUUAGGGAGAAGCUGGAGUGGCUGGUGAAGUCGGAGAAAAAGGACAGCUGGUAUGGUAGAGAUUUAGUCUCAUUUAAAGCCUUAUUAGGAUGAACAGUGCAGCAACCUUUAUUUUUAAAAAAUGUGAUCUGCUUUUCAAUCACUGCUUCCCACUUUGGAAAGAGUAGUCUAAGAUUUAAAAUAAUAAAUCAAGUAGAAGAAUGGGUUAAUUAUUAGCAGGCUUGCAGUUACUGGUAAAGACAUGCCUUCAAUGGAACUGUACAUGGUUUUUUGCACAUAAUAUGUACUAGUCCAUGAGAGAAAAGUUAGUGUGAGUAAAGAACACAGUCACAGACAGUCUUUGUGUUUUAAACUUUAUGCCCCCAUGCAAUUCCUUACCCUAGAACUCUCACAAAACAGAUCCUCGUUCUCCUUAAACUUUCCCUAAGCUAUUUCUGCAAACAGCCAACAGCACCAGAAUAUGGCAAGCUGCAUGUUUUACAGACUUUUAAUAAUUCUAAGCGAAAGUUUGAUUAAAAGCACUUAAUGUUACUGCCAACUUUUCGUUUAUUGUUGCUUGUCUUAAUUGCACUUCAUUUGUUUGUUGUAUUUUUUUUAGGGUAGGGCUGGUCUUCCUGGAUUUCAUGGACUUCAUGGAAUACCAGUAAGUAUCAUUGUUAUACAAAUUUCCACCGCUUUAUACACAUUUUAGCUUUCAAUUUCUCUUAUCCUUUUGAUGAAAUGUUGAACAUAAUUUUGGUAGGUAAUUCACUGGGUUUUCUUUCCUGAUGGUUUUUGUGUGUGAUCUUUUCAGGGCGUUCCAGGUAUUCAUGGACCUAAAGGCAUGAUGGGUCUUUGUGGAUGUGAUGGAGAAACUGUAAGUACCACAGACUGAAAAAUUACAACGACGAAUUGCCUUAUGCAGAUAUUUGCUAUUUUCAAAUUACCUAUAAUUCACUUUGUUAAUUUGCCCCUUCACAACCCCCUCCCCCCCCCUGAAAACAAUUUUUACAUGUAUUGUUUUCAAUUACUCAUGGGACAGUACGUUGGAAGUCCCAGUAGACAUUGGAAACAAUGUUUACAUAUUAUGGACAGUUUGAAAAUAGUGAAUUCUGUCACUCAGAUUGUGAACAAACAUGAUGACAGUGCUGCCAUGUGCGUGGAAGCCAUCCACUCUCACACGAUCUGCUUCCUCCUACAAUUAAUGUUAUUCGAAGUACAUCAAAUCAUCAGUAAUGUCUAAUGAAUUCUAUGUGUUUAAAGUUUUACUAAAGACACAUCUUUUUAAAUUAGCUUUUUAUUAGUUCUUUUAUUAACUCAUAUUUUACUUUUUAUUGUUUUCUGAAAAUUGUAAAUUAUUAUUAUUAUUAUCAUUAUUUGGAUUAGCCAUUAAUUACUUUAAGAUUUUAGUGCUGUAAUGUGUGUUCGAUCAUAUCUUUAUCGCAUGCUAGACUGCGCAAUAUAAGAAGUAAACAUUAUUGUUCUUAUUAUUAUUAAUCAGCCAUGGCCUAGAGUAAAUUAUCAAAACAUUAUGAAAAUUAAUUUGUUGUUGUGCUUCUGUCUUAAAAGGGAGAGCCUGGACCUGAUGGAACUAAUGGUACCCUUGGGAGAGCAGGAGAUCCUGGAGAUAGGGGAAUAAAGGGAAUGAAGGUAUUAACCCUUUAAGUCCCAAUAUCCACAUACAAAUUCUCCAAACUGGUCUCCAUACAUUUCCUUGAAGAAUUAUUUGAGAGAAUUUGGUAAAAGAUCAAAUAUUUUUCUCUUUGUGAUCAUUAAUUUUUGUUAAUUCUCAUAGACUUUGCUCAUGAUAGUCUAUGGAUAUCGUUAGGAGAAAAUUGAUCUUGAGCACUAAAGGGUUAAUUAGCCUGCAAAGGAUUUGGUUCCUCCAUAAUCGAGACAAGACACUUAUUAUCAGUAAUAUUGCCUCUACAAUUUCUUGGCAUGCAGUUAGCCAAAAACGCUAGUCGAGGCGUGCCAAAUUAAUUCUAUUACAAAUCAGAUAAAUUACAGAUAAUAAGUAAAAAGCAAAGAAAAAGAAAAGAAGAAAUAUGUGUAAUAAAGUCAAAAGCAAGAAAGACAAAUCUGUUUGGUGCAACCAGUGAAAGAAGCUAAGGUUUAGGAUUUCGUGAUUUUAUUUCUUGUGUUAUCAUGGUUGCGUCUAGGUAAUCAUCUUUGUCUUUUAAUAUUUCAAAGAGCACACUGUUACCCAAUCAGUUCAAGUAUCUGCCUGCUUAGUGUGCCAAGCUCCCCCAUUUUUCUUCUCUCACAGAUUGUUUCUCUUAUGAAUGUUGACUGAAAUAAUGUAUUGUAAUCUGAAUUGUUGUGAAACAAAUGAACUUAAAUAUAUAUAUUUGAAUCGCAUAAUUAAGUAAAAUCUGGCAUUCUGAUUGGUUAACGAAGCGAGGUAUUUAGUGUGGAAUUGCGAGUUGAAAACGAGGCUAAGCGAUAUUGUUUCGCAUCUACGUAACAACUAUCGUCAAAUUCUAACACAACAACGUGCAAAAAAGGUUUUCUACAAGGUCAUUUUAAAAUGUUUUCAAAACCUUUCAUUGUCACUUUUUGAAGAGUUAAAAACAAACAAAAGCGUUUUUUAAAGUGAGCCGGAGGUUCUUCCUUGUUUUGAACUGAACUACAGAUUCUCGAAGAGACAUAAAACCUCUUUCACUCGCGACAACCAGAAAACAAGAAAAUCCUGUGAACACGGCCCAGAAAAUGGCAAUCCAAAGUUCAACCAAACAAAAACGGAGAAGCGACAACGGAGGAAGUGCCGGGUCGAUUGUCACAUAUACAGAAGAAGAAAUAAAUACCUUCAAAGAGGACAUGGCCCCUGAAAACACGAAAAAGAGUACGCCGCUUGCAAUCGUCCUGAAUCGUGGUACUUAGAAAAGUACAAAACAGAGCUGAACUUGAACAGCAUUUCUAAAACAUUUCAAGGUACUUACCUUAUGUCAAUCGCGACGUUAAACAAGUUAAACUUUCAGCGCUUUCGCUUGGACACUUAUUUCUUUCAGUUUUGCCGCCAAGAGGUAAAAGGUGUAAAUUAUUUUCCUUCUCGAGCAAAUGACCAAUUUGAAAAAAAGACGUUCUACAUAAACAGCUUCUAAAUUCAGUAAAAUACCUCUAUUUAUCCUUAAGAUUAGUGUGAAGCUUGUUUACAUGUAAAAAGUUUGAAAACAAAUGUGAAAACAAGCACAAGGUACAAAAAAAAGUUGUCGAAGGUUCAAACGUGUACGACUGACCUUGCUUCCUAUUCGCUAACGCAAUGACAGUUCUGACAGUUGACUUUGAAAUGGCUUUCUGGAGCACGCGCUCAGGAUAAAAACAAACAAUAUUAUUGCUGUUUUCUUUUUUUUUCUUCUGAUUUUUAUUCAAUUAUGCGAUUCAAGGAAAAUUCAUUACAUGACGCGAGAAUUCCACGUUAAAUUGCACUUGAAAACCGAUAUCGCACUCAUCGCUUCGCGAUUCGUGCUAUAUCGGUUUUCGCGUGCAAUUUAACGUGGAAUUCCCUCGUCAGGUAAUUAAUUUUCCUAUAGAAUACUGAUCAUUUGUUUCAAAAGUUAUUGUUUAAUUCGCUUAUUAAUUUGGCAAAUUUCAAAAAUGACUUCAACGCUCAAGUGAAGUUUUCAUUCGUUCAUUCAUUCUCCCACCAAUGUGGCUUGAUUUCGAGUCCUGAAAAGCAAUGCUAUACGUGUUGUUAGAGUUCGUUGUUGGUUCUUAACCACACUCCAAGGCGUUUUUGUCUCCAAGUUCAGACCAGUUUCCCCUCUCCUAUAGCUCACACACUGACACUUCCAAAUUCCAAUUCGAUCCAUAAUGGUAAAUGGAGAACAGCAGUGUGGAUUUGCUACCUCUAUGUCACUUAAUAUUAGUUGUUAAUCAGUCAAUGUCAUGUUAUUUUGCAGGGUGAACCAUAUGAUGGACCAGUCAAUGCCACAAAAGGGCAGGAGGUAACUUACAAAUUUUUGCCUGUUUAAAAUGAAUAUAGAUAAUGACAGUAUUAAUUGCGUCCAAAAAGGAUGCAUUCCUAGUCUGCGAUCUGUCAUGAAACUUUUUUCUGUAAUGGACGCACUUUUAGCUGCCCUGCAAAUUGUCUGCUCUUAACAGAUUGAGUCCUAUUUACAGUGAUUUACUGACAUUUAUGUCUGCUGGGACAAGUAACUUACCUUUAGAUGUAUCACAUUGAUAAACAUGUGAGAUUGGCCUGUAAUAACUUUUAACCUAGUUUAAACUACAAAACAUGACUGUAGGUAAGCCUUGGGACAGAGACAGCCUUUAAUUAAUAAUUAACUACAUUUUCAAACAUGCAUUGAAUAAGAAACUAAUAAUUUGUUUUAAUUAUACUCCAAGCAAAGUAACUAACAAAAUGACUUGAAAACAAAAAAGAUGUAACAAGGAACACUGAUCAACCAUUCGUUACAAAAAAAUUAGGCUGUCCAUGCAGUGUAAAUUGUCACACUCAAAGCAAUUGUACAUAAAAGAUUCAAGACCCAGUGAAGGGAGGGAGGGAAAGCACUUAGACUACUAAACACCAGCAAGGUGUUGCAAGUUUAAGCCAGCUAUGCAAAGAAGCAACUGAGCUCACAGCUAAGGUUAUCCUGAUUUUGUACCUAACAUAAUGGUAGUUUUACUAGCACGAGCUAGUAAAUGAUAGGUCUUUGGAAACUCAUGAGAUGAUUAAUGUAAAAUUUUAUGUCAAAGUAUUACUGGUAUCAAGUAAUCGGUAUAAGCGUACCAAUCUAUGAGCCAUGAUGCAAGACUGCCUGUGUCCCAGGGCUGCAAAUAACGGCCGGUCAAAUCCUUGGAUGGCCGAACAAUUUGUCCAGUCGUUUACCCUGGUAAGGAAAAAAUUUAGAGCUUCAAGUUUUAAUUAUUAAGAUAUGACGAUAAGACGUAAUCGAUGUUUGUCCAGCCAAAAAUGGGAUAUGUCCGAGCAUAAAUAGGUUUGACCGGACAAUUUGACCGGCGCCAGCGAAGAAAUUAUUUGCAGCCCUGGUGUCCCACUCCCUCUAGCUAUGUUUGUAAUUUAAAAUUAUAUCACUCAUGACAGACUGAUGUCCCCUCUAAAAAUUUGAAUUUUUUUAUUAGGGUAAGACGGGACUUAAAGGAGAAAGGGGAGCCAAGGUAAGAUUUACCUUUAUUUAUGUCUGAGAUGUAGCAAAUUCUUUUGAUACAAGUUUGGUUUUGUUUUAUGGAACUUUGUUUUGCCAGCUACAGUCUUGUACUACAGGCCUUUAUGGAGCCCUUGAGUUUUAUUCAUAAAAGUGAUACCAUUGUCCCCUGCAAGUAAAACUGUGACAGUACAUGUACCUGGGAACUGUUUCUUGAAAGUCCCAAUAACUUAACAGGACUAAAAGCACAAUAAUCUUGGGAAUGGUAACGCUGGUUUUAAAACCCUCAUAAUCUCUUUUGCAAAAACAAUAUUAAACCAAAUUUAAAGAACUAUUCUAAUGUAUCAAAAUUCAUAAUAUACCCUCUGCAUUAGAAAAGAAAUACAGCAAAUGCAUGUACCAUCAAAGUUGUCAAAAAUUUUGUUCUCCUUUAAUUAUGUUUUUGGUCUUUUUUUAUGAUGAACUCAUGGCAGGUAUGUACAUGUGAAAAGAAAUAUAAGGGCAAAGUGAUUAACAGUUAAUCCAAACUGAAUGUCCACUUACAGAUUCUCCGGACUGAUCUCCAUUCUUUUCCUUAGAAUUACAGUCUAACCUCUCCUUAAGGACACCUCUAUAAUACGAACACCUCUCUAUUACAGACAGUCUGUUUGGUCCCAGAAAUGCCAAAAAUCAUACAUUCUCUACCUCUAUAAUAUGGACACCACUGUAAAGGGGACACUUAGUGCUGUCCCUUUGGUGUCCGUAUUAAAGAGGUUUGAUUGUAGUUGAGAGAAUUUGUUUGAAAAAAUCAAAGCAUUUUCCCCUUGCUGACCAUUUGAUUAAUUCUCAUAACUCUCUCUUAAUUAUUUGUUGAUGUAUUGUUAGAAGAAAAUUGAUGUUGAUCACUCUCGGGACCUAAAGGGUUAAAACCAAGAACUGGCCUCAGUUGGGAAUGGCUUUGGGUACUGCAGGAAUAUUGAGACAUAAAUAAGUUAUUGCUAAUUGAGUUUUUUAUAAAAUACUGUUUAUUAUCAGGGUCCAGUUGGUCCAGUUGGUGGCGAAGGUAUCAAGGUUAGUAUGUUUUUACUUUAAGAUGCAUGUAAGCUUGCAUGUUCUAAUGUGCAUUCACACAGCUUUUGCAAGAUUAUUUGACGAUAAUUAUUGAUGUUCAUUUAUUACUUUUUCAGGGAACUCCAGGGGAGCAAGGCUCACAGGUAAAACAUUGCUUCUUUAUACAUUUUUUUCUGAAAAUAAAAUUGCUGUCCAAACUUUGGUGUAAGCCACUGAUUAAUUAUUUCCUCUAAAAUCAUUACCCCAGCCUAUGCCUUAUUCAGAGGCCCCAAACCUCUAAAACAGUUAGAUACCACCAUUGUUUUACUAAAUGCUUUAUACUUUCUCAAGCAAUUAUUGGUAAAAAAAAAACCAGCUGAUAGAUAUACAUAAUAGCUGCUGGAUGGGAAAACAUUGUUGUGAGAGCUGACUUUAUAGUUUUGGUUUAUCAUUGGUAUAACCUAAUCAAGCUGAUGAAGUAAAAUAAUAUUGGCAACAGUCACAUUUUGUAAGAGGUUGAAAGGUCACCAUGUCUUGAUUCUCGAUUCUUGCAAGAAGUGAUUGUCAACUUACUUUUGAACGGUACAUACUGUAGGCCUUUCUUGGAAUUUGAUCAAACCCUUUAAAGGGCUGAUCUAGUCUCCCACAGAGCGUCGUCAAAUGUGGGGAAAGAAUGUAUGACAAAGCCCCAAGAAUGUCUGCAUAGGAGGCUACUUCUUUAGUGCUCCAUCUACAGCGCUCCCUAAUUAUCAGCUUUUGAAUAAGUUUGCAUUUGACAAUUCUCCUUUCAGUUGCAAGUAUUAAUGUACUAAAGCAUUUAACUUUCUCUUUCUGUAUCCUUAAGGGUAUCCAAGGAAUACAAGGCCCGCAGGGAGAGCAGGUAUCUUUUAAUGAAAGCUUUUUAGUAAUUUUUUUAGCUAAGAAAUUAAGAUUCUUUAAAAUGAUGAAAGGGCUAUGUCAUGUUAAUUCAUCGACAUAAUGGGUUAAAAAUAAGCGGAAAGUUUAACCAAGUAUCUUCAGUUAUGUUUUGAACAAUACUUGGAACUCUAAAAAAAUGAUACCAAGUGAUCUGAUCAAAGAGGGAAAAGCACUCCAAUCCAUGUUAUAAAAAGAAUGCUGAAGCUGUAGACGCUAUUAGUUAGAUCUCCUUUAAAUUGCAUUUAAAUAUGCCUCAAGACUGAAACAUUAUAUAUUUUUAUUAUAUUUGUGGUUACUUCUGGUUAGGCAGUGUACUGCAUGCCAUUCAGUCAACUUUUUUUAAGGACAUGUCUGCUUAUUUAAGUCUCUAAACUUUUAUAGGGACCUCAAGCAAAAGGAGAUAACAAUACAUUAAAGGGAGAUAAAGGAGAAAUGGUGAGUGACUUGCUGCUCUACAAAGCAGAGUUCAUUAAAGAUAUCGAUAAUAAAAUAGCACAAUCCAUUAAAAAUAUUGAUAAUAGUGACGGGCUUUGUAUAAAGCUCACAGACUUGUUUAAACAGGUGCAUAAUUAUUUUGGAUGAAAAAAUCCAUUUUUCAUGCAAGUGGCCUGUCUGCAAAUAAUUUUAAAAAAAUGUUUUUCAAAUUUGCAAAAUAAUAUUGCUCAUAAAGCCCUUAUCCGUACGGCCUGUGUUAAAUGCAGACUGCAGACUACAUGUCAUAUUGUGUUGUUUACACCACGCAAAGGCGAACAUGACAACAAUAAUCCCAUAGUUUGCUGAUCCUGAAAACAACAAUCCAUGGUAAGUACACAGUCUUCACUUGACACUGCCGCCAUAUCCAUAACUGAACUGGGCUGAGGUAAAGAUUUUUUCAUAACUUAGAUUUUCGGGAAGCAAGAGAUUAAAAAUCAGUGUUAUGAUGGAGAAGAAAAUGGCCAAUUUCAUAUGCUUAAUACGUGCAGUCCAGUUGUUUGCUGACAAUUGCUUCAAACUCUUUUUUAUCUACAUUUAUUAUAUGGCUACAAUAGUACACAUGCUCUGAUUGGCUGUUUUCUUUUAAUGACUGGGCAUUACUGGCUAAAUGUCUAAGGCAUAUACGAUCUGUGUUAAACUUUGAUACUGGACAUCCUUAUGGACAUCCAUGUUAUGGUCAGUCAAUAGCUCUCGAAAAGGUAUCUGCUGACCAGUUUCAUCUGACUGUAUUGCAGGCUCAAAUGUACAAUUUAUUGAGGUGACGUGUUUUCUUAAAGUUAUCCACUGACCAGUGGUUUUGUUUUAAAUAAUUAUUGAUCGCUGGCUCAAAUCUAUAAUGAAAAGGCCAGAAAAAAAUGACUUAUUAACCUCAUCCGUUCGGUUAUUACAGGGGAAUCUCAGACCGAGGCCUUGAUGUAUUGACCGAGCGAUAGCAACAUGCUGUAGUUGGGCUAGUUAAUAACAAAAUCAUAUAUUGCACAGCCAUAUAUGAUAUACAUGAAUCAUGACAUAAACUGGAAAUACUUUUGAUUGAUUAAGUAGUUGUUAUUGUUGUUGUUUUUUCCCUCAGGGAUCGCCUGGUGUACCAGGUACUCCUGGUGCAUUUGAAGUAGUAGGAGCAGGUGCAGUAAGUAUUGACAUGUUCUUCAAACUGUAAAAAAACUUGCUCUUAGUCAGUUGCACCAAUCACCAACUUGAGUCUGUUUAAAAAAGUCAAUGUUCCUUAGAAGUGUACAGAAUGUUAAACUCAUCACAAAUGGAUGAGCUUGGGAACUGAUGUUAGCCGGGUGCCGGAUGCCAUAGCCACAGGGAGGUAUCCAAGGCAACCCUGGAAUGCAGGAACCACCCAAACGAGCGCUUGCUAACCGGCACCGUCACACUGAAUAUCAGUGGAAAAAACUUACCUGAAAAGAUAGUUACCCUGGCAAGCAAUUGCCAAGGGUGCAAGAAUCCGCAAUGACUCGCAAUAGCUAAGCUUUUAAUCCGCAAAGAUCAGCUGGUAACUCUGCAAAUGUAAAGCAAUGAACCUUGAAACCCUACAAAACCCCCGAAGGCCACCCCAAAGGUCACUGCAUUUACUCAAAAAUAUUGCAACAGCUGAACUCCUUUAAGAAAUGGCAUAUUAGCAUACAAUACCUUAAUAGAACGUUUUCACUCAGGUGGCCAGCAUCUGUGCAAAUUAAUUUUAUUGGAACAAAAGAAACUGUUUACAUUAAAGAAAAGAGUUCAACUCCCACAGAAUUGUUUUGGAACACCAAUAUGGCAGCAGCCUGUGACGUGAUAUGAAAAAGCUCUAUGGGAGGAGGGGGGAUUGUCUCCACUCCGGUUAUAUCUCUCCUGUGUUAACUUCUUUCUCAACUUGUGUUUUAGGUACAAAUUCGUGGUGCAAAGGGAGAAAAUGGAUCAAAGGUAAGUAUAUACAAACUAACUCAUAUCAUCACAUUGUGCAAAGAUAGACAUCAGUGGUACAGUAAAAACCUGCCACUAAGCACCUGCAUUUAAGUUAUAAUUAUCUUGUAUGCAAAUAUAUACCGAGUAUCAGUAGGACAAAUUUAGGCUAAGGUUCUAAAAUAGGUUCUUAUUUUCUGAAAAAAAAGAAAAGAAAAGCAUGGUAGCUAUCAAUGGGUAUUUUGUGGUAUCCAGCUUAUAUAAUUCCUUCAGGGUUGUCACUAAGGGCCGGGGACCAGGGAUUUCCCCCGGCUACUCAGAGCAUGGUCCCCGGCUACUUUCGUCGUUAAAUUAAACCAAAAGGGCACACCUUUGAAACACACAAAGACUAUCCAUCAAACUAAAUGCUAGUUUCAUCUGCAGCGGGUUUAAGUAAUUUUGAAAUACUCGCGUGCAAAAACUAAGAAAUGUCGGGAAAAGACAUCUGACUUAGUUUUGGUACUAGUACACAUGCGCGAAAACUCUCCGUUCGCGAAAUGUCAGUAGGGAGUUUUAGCAACGACGACGGCGACGGCAACGAGAAUGUCAAAAAAGCAAUAGGUUUAUUGAGCAAAACAACUCCACGCUUUUUUGUACAUUUCUUUGCCGUUACUGCACGACUAUGACAUGAAAAUGCCUAUAGUUUCACGUUUUAAGGAGGACGUAAAACAAUCGACGACAAACUUUUCUUUCUCUUUCUAAACCUGAGUGCCGUCCCAAAGAAAUCAACUCCAAGGAAGUUGGCCUACAUUAGCUAUUUUCAGCGAAUUGAAAUAAACGCGACAAAGUUGGAAGAAACGCCAAUUCAUUUUAAAAGUGACGUUUUCGCUGCCGUCACCUUUGUCGAUGCUAAAAGUCCCUAGUUUCAACCAUUCUGUCGGCUUUGUGUUUAACAUGUCGUCACACCUGAGCAGAUCUCUGUUGACAUCACAAGUUGAGGCUUCACGCGAGCGUUAAAUCUCCCUGAUGCUGAUGUUGAUGAUAAUGAGGAUUAUGAUGAAGGCUUUGAAGAUGAAGAGUAUGACUGAUUGCCAUGUUUAAUAAAGACAUUUAAGUGACCAGGUCUACAUUUAGCUUUAGGUAUCGAGUAUAUAAAAUAACGCAUGGUCAACAGGAAAUGUUUGAUCAUUGUCCGCAGUUCGUGAUCACAUCCUCUCUAGCUCAGUUCUACUUCCAAGAAGUUACUGAUAUAUAAAAGGGAAGUAAAGCAUUAGCAUUACUUUUGCAUUCUUCUCCUUGAGUCUCGUUUUGACAUCUCAGCGUCGUUUAUAAAGUAUCAGCCCUGUCUUUUAAACGCUUUUCCAUAGGUCAGUUUCUUCGUAUGUUAAGUGAUCUUUCGUUCAUAAAUUCCAGACCACUAAUGUUACCAGUAGUGCAGUUUAGUUUUGCCAUAUGUUAUCCCGCGAUUUUUUGUACGUCACGCUUGCUUUAGCCUUAUCAUACUUUUAUUUUUCAACAAACCAUAGUAACCUUAUGAUUAUGAUGCUUUUUCGUACAUUCAUCGUCCGUUUGUCUUCUUUCCACUUCUCCGUGGGUUAAUUCAUUUGUGAUAUUAGUUUUACUUCUGUUUUUCUGAAAGUUGUAUAACUAAAUGAGGAUUUACAAUUGAUUUUACAGCGCAUGUUAAUUCAUUUGCAUUGUAUAAGAAGGGGCUUCAUGACUGCUUGCGACUUCCCCGGCUACUAACAAUAAAAAUUAAUACCCGGCAACUUGAAAUCUUAGUGACAACCCUGUUCCUUACAUACUCUGUAAAAUCUGCAUCUCAAAUUAGAAUUUAUAUAGAAGUGACUUUGAGAAGAAGAACUGAAGUUCUGACCACAUGAAUUUUGCUGUCUUUUUGCCCAAGCAUACAGAAUUUUGAAAGUAACGGCCUGUUGCAAAUUGUAGACUAAACAGGUUCUUUUAUAGACGGGGCUUAAAAAAACAGUAACAUGCAAGUUUUAACUGUAGCCUGAGUCUAGUAGAUUUUUUUGCUAUCAGGAUAGUGAACUCUGUUCUUAACUUGACCAAUGGGCAAGUGACGUUUUUGAAGGGAAUUCAAAUUACAGAAGAACUGUAUUCAGUCCUGCAGGUCAAUAAUUUUUCGGGCUAGUUAAAAUGACUCAUGCUACCCACUGUCUUUCUUUGCACUCUGUGUCAUAAUAGUUUAUAUGGUUAUCAAUGAAAAUAUUUAUGGUGCAGCAUUUUCCAUGCAUAAGCCAUGUUUUCUCAAAGAGAUAAAUUCCCUGGGAAAUUAAGUGUUACAACCAUUUUCUAAAAUGCUUCAGGUAGAAUGUGUUUGAAAUCAGUAAGAUUUUGUUUUCAGUUAUCAACUUGCAUUUACAAACGGUCAACUUUCCAAGAAAAUUAAGGCACUUUUCAAAAGUUAGAACUGGGUGAACAAGUCUUUUCUUGGAACUUUUGCUAAAACCCAUCACUGCGGCAUACCAUUUUGGAAUAAAGUGAUCUAGCUGGAUAUUCCUGAUUAAUAGUGGAAUUCUCCUGACAACUAGACUGUUCUUGCCAGCCAGUUCUGACAAAUGGUAAGCACCCUUACUUGUAGGAAUUAAUUGGGCUUGCAAAAAUUUCAUACAUUUUGUAGCCUUCAUAUUAGCAAGCUCCACAAGAACGAAAUGUAAACAAUAAUUACAUGACAUAACAGUAAAAUUUGCCUCUGGUCUUACCCUGGGAGGUACAUAACAGUUGGGUUUCCAGUGCAUCUAGUGUGCCUAAUGGUAUAUAAUUUCUUAGCCUUCAUAUUAGCAAGCUCCACAAGAACGAAAUGUAAGCAAUAAUUACAUGACAUAGCAGUAAAAUUUGCCUCUGGUCUUACCUUGGGAGGUACAUAACAGUUGGGUUUCCAGUGCAUCUAGUGUGCCUAAUGGUAUACAAAUUCUUUUACCAUGCACCAUACCUGUUCCCCUUAGUGUUCUAGGUCAGUUAACCACGAACCAUGUUCCCCAGCAUAGUUAGCCUAAACAACUUUUAAACAGAAACAGUGUGUUGUUUUUAAGGACGUAUACAAUCUACAUGCACAUUUUCACAAGUAAUCAUUCUUGACAAAGUAUCCUGGCACUUAUUGCUUUAAACUACUUACUACAAUGCCAUUUUGAUCAGACUAUUAGUUUUGCAAGUUGCUGGUAAGUUGUGUUGAUAAUGUUGUUGCCUUCAAUCCAGGGCGAUAUAGGGAAGAAGGGACAAAAAGGUAAUGCAUCUUCUGAGGAUGGUCCUCAAGGAAGUCAGGGGCCAAGAGGAAAUAGAGGAAGCCGUGGUGAAAAAGGAGUGGCUGGUGAUAACGUGAGUGGAAAAUACUAGGGACCAUACAAAUCAACGAAGGUCGAAAACAACAAAUGCAUUCCAAUUUAUUAGUUUAGUACUUGAUUUGAGAGUGAGCUCUCAGGGUUUGUACAGAGUCUUGAAUUCUUGAAAAAGUCUUGAAAUUUUCCUAGCAAUUUUCCAGACGUGGAAAAAGUCUGGAAAAAUUGGUAAAAAGUCUUUGUCGUUUUUGUCAAAUCUUACUCAAUCUCACUCGAAUGUUUGCAGUGCAUCAUCAAAAAAUCUUUGUUCCUUAGUUUUUUAAGGUCUUUAUUGAUCACCUACAGAUGAAUUUGAUAACCUUGAGUUUGGAAAAAGAAAUUAAAGUUUGGAAAAAAGUCUGGAAAAAGUCUUGAAUUUUGGAUCCAAAAAUCUGUACGAACCUUGAGCUCUCUCAUUGUAUAACACUCACUAUAAGUCGUUAGGUCAACCUACACAAUCCAUAACAUUAUCUGAGAUUGCUCUGCCAAUCAUCAAAUUAUUGUAAUUGAUUAUGGAAAAUGUUCAAUCAAUUAUCAUGGCGAAAAAUAAAAUUUCUUGUUGGCCAAUGAGCAUAUUAAAAGCUUGUGUUGAAACUCAGCAUAUGUUGUCUAUUUUUCUUUUAGGGGACCACUGGAGAAGAUGGAGACCUUGGAAAUCUUGGACCUCCUGUAAGAUAAUUAAUAGCUAACAGCAAAUUGAUCUUAGAAAAUUUAAUUUGAUCAAAUUAUAGUCAGAUUAGGUAUUGUAACAAUUUGCGGCUGUAGACAAGCUCCAUUUAGCUUGGAAAUCAUAAGGAAAUGAAAAGAAUCAUUGCAGUUGUUUUCUUAAAGAUGUUAUGUACAGAUUUCGUACAAGGACUGAAUUCUUGAAAAGUCUUGAAAUUUGCAAAACCAUUUUCCAGGCCUGGAAAAAUUCUGGAAAAUAGAGAUAUUUAAAGUCUGGAAAAUGGAGUUCUCUUUUUUUUUUUUUCAAACCUACGAUAAGUCCUAAGUAAGUGAUUUUUUUUCCUGUGGUCAAUUAAAUCUAGUCACCUAACCUUAGCUAAGGCAUUCAGUCACAAAAUGAGAAGUUUUAGAACUCAUGUCCUCUUUGCACUAUGGUUACAGUACGUUUGAAGUAUUGUAUCAUGAAAAAUAUACUCGGUUCCUGAAUUUUUUCAACGUCUCGGUUGAUCACCUGUUUGGGAAAAAGUCUGGAAAAAGUAUUGAAUUUUGAAUCCAUAAAUCUGUACCAACCCGUAAUAAACGUGUAUGUCAUUGACAUUGAGGCUACUUGACAGCAAUCAGUCACAGUGAAGGAUACAGUGACAAAUAUCAUGAGGAGAUUAUUUGUAUGACCCAUUGAGGUUGUAUGCUAUUUUUUUAAUACGUUAUUGAUAAUUUUUCAUUGAAUCAGAGGCUCAAGCUUGAGAGGUAUUUAGUUCACUUUACAGUGAGCCCAUGGGAAACAUAAUAGAUAAUCGAUUUACAACGGGUCUGUCAAUUUCGCAGGGUGAAUCAGGGCCUGAAGGUGACAUGGGUGAACCAGGCCCUCCUGGUCCACAGGCAAGUAAACAAAAUUUAUACUACCCGUACUCACUAGUCUAGUGAGGUUGUCAACUUUUUUACUCCUUAAAGUUCCAAUAAUCAAACCUCAGGAAAUAAGUGCUGGUGUGUUACUAAGAUGUCAAGUUGUUGCAUGUGUAUCAUGGUUCGUACAAUGUUGAGAAGUAUUUGAAUUUUAGUCGUCGUCUUGAAAGGUCCUUGAAUUCAAACAAGGUCCUUGAAAAGUAAAUGAUUUCUUUAAAAGGUCUUGGAAAGUCCUUGAAAUUCACUACUUUGUUUAUGCCACAUCAUUUUCUGUGAAAUUAGAUUCUAGAGCAUAGGAAAAAUGAAAGGUACAAAACAGAAAAAGUUCAAGGGAGUGAAAUGAAAAUAAACGGUCAGUAUAUAUCAGAAGCAACAAUAUUUUAUCUCUGUUUCUUUAUUUAAAAUGCUAUUUCUGUAUCUCAGACUGCAAGUCAUACCCAGUGACUGCUGUCAUUUUGCAAAGUAGUGUUGUUGCAAAAAGUAGUACAACAUAAUGUGAGAGAUGAUGACAACCAUGGCUGAAGAUGUAAAAAUCGUAAAUGACUCCAUUAAGUGUUUUAGCCAGUAAGGGACGGACCAUUAGAAAACUUAUGGGGGGGGUGGGCGAAGUACAAAAAAAAAAUUCGCGCAAGGGAAAAUUAAAUGAAAAAAAAUUCUUGCAAGCCAAUUAAUCCUAAGAAAUAUUCAUGCAAGGGCCUGAAAAAAAUUCAUACAAGGAAUUUGAUAACGAAAAAAAAUUCCUGCAGCUCGAAAAUUCCCCUCCCCCCCCCAUAACUUUUCUAAUGGUCCGUCCCUAAGGUGUUCAAAAGGAGGUCAAAGAAUUCCAGUUUAUUGAAUAAAUCGUAGAUCUUGAAAACUAUAAUUUGUCCUUGAAAAGUCAUUGAAUUUUAUUUCUCUGAAGUUGUACGAACCAUGGUAUAUGCAUUCAGUUACGGUGUGGAAUGGCAUAGCCACUUCAAAUUUGUCUUGGUUCCAUUUUUUGUUUUGUUUCUUCUGAACAUAGCCUUUGGAAAUCUGUGGCCCUUAGUGACAGCCCUGCAAGUAGCAUUAUGAUUUAAGACCCAGCCUUUUCUUCUGUGAAAAAAGAUGCAAGUAUAAUUUAAACUGAUAAUGAUUUCUUUAGGGACGUAGAGGUGUUACUGGGAACAAAGGUCCUCGUGGUCCUGUUGGAGAGAAAGGAGUAAGUAUGAUAUUAUCAACAGCACUGACCUCCUACAACUCACCUUGACUUCAAAGAUGUCAGUCACUGUUAACAACAACAGUCCUAUUCAGGAAUACAUUCACCGGGACGAUCAUACUCAACCUACCUAUUAUAAUAUUAAUAGCCUACUUAAACUUAACUUUAAAAAACCAAUUGCUUUUGUUUGUUUAUUUUUAUGUCACUACUUUUACCUUUGGUGUAAUUAAGUUAUCAUGCUUACCUUGUGCUGUUAUUCUAAUGACAACCUGGCAUUCACACCAUGUCAUCUUAUAUCUGAAAUGUAAGGUUGCUUACUAUUAUACAAACAGUCAGGUUUAUAAUUAAAUGAGUUAAUCUCAUGCAUAAGACAUUCAGUGAUUAAGCAGGGUGGCCCCAGUAAGGGAAAAAUCAGAGAAAAAACUAGAGUUUUUCAAGGUCAGGGAAAAGUCAGGGAAUAUGCUUAAAAAUGUCGGGGAAAAGUAAACUUUUGAUAUUUUCUUUCCUUGCAUACAAAAUCCUGUGAAAAGCAUUAAGAGUUUGAAAAGGAAGACAAGAAUAUUAAUGCUCAACAAAAAAACCCGAAGCAAAUGCAAACUUGGAUUAUUUUUUAUUAUUAGUCACCUAAUGCUAAGUCACUAAAAAUUCGGGGAAUUUUUUGCUUUCUCAUGGCCAGUGUCAAUCCUUUUAAAUUUGACCUGUGGUGCAUGUGGGAGAAGAACCCACUAAAAUGUGUGGCCAAAUUAUCUGAAGAGACAUUACAAAGUAAAACAUAAUUUAUAGCCUCAAAUGGCAGCCCACGUGUGGUGAAAUUUUCCAUAAGGAGUAGCAAGAGUGUCUUGAUUGUCCAAUGAGAAUUUCUGGUUUCCGCAUGCAAAUGAUAAGUAUCUCAUAAUUCAUACUUGUACAGAUUUUAGACACUUCUGUUGUGUCUUUGCAGCUUGAAGGACUAGGAGAGAAAGGAAAAAAAGGACCAAAAGGUACUGCAGGAAGACCUGGUGAACCAGGCGAGAAGGGUGAUAUUGGCGAUGUAGGACCUCAGGGUGAUCAAGGUGCUUCUCGUUUUGGCCCAAAGGGAGAUAAAGGUGCUACUGGUUCCGAAGGUGAACAAGGACCUCCUGGUCCACAAGGUAAGAAGAUCAUGUCUGUAUCACGUACACAAGCUUAAACGUGAUAUGAUUUGUGUCUUGUAAAACUUUAUUACAUCAUCAAAGGUGAUCAGAUAUAGGUGAACCAUCGACAUGUGUUUCAGCAAACUGACUGACUUUUAUGUUGCAAAAUAAACAUAUUUUUCUUCUACUGAAGAUGUCCCUAAUCAAAAUUGAAAGAAACUCUCAAAUUUCAUUUUGUUAAGUUUUACAUAUUAACAGAAAAAAAAUUAUCACAGUACCAUGUGAAAGUAAUAAUCAAAGGUUUUUUCAAGCUUAGGUAAAACCUGUAUACCAUUACAAUUGCAGUUGGAGUGAUAAGGCACCAAUUUCUCCGACCUCAUUCCCAGGUUUCUCUGCUACCCGUCCCUACGGAGUGAGAGGGAGAGAAAGAGAGAGGCCCUAGCUGGGUCUGGUCACGUGGCUCCGGAACAAAAUUAAUUCUAAGGGAGGAGUCCUUUAGUCUCUCAAUUUUUUGUCUCGUUCACAUAACGAUCGAAGGUGUUGGCAAGAGUAAGAUAGAUUUGCUAACCCUACAACUAUAACUGAAUCCAUGGUAAAUUUCCGCCUUAACAGAACUGCCAAGAGAUAAACAAGUUAAUUAUUUUACCAGAGGAGAAAGAAAAAACUCGUGCUGUCGCAGUUUAACCAAUGACACCAAUCACUAAUAAAAAUCUACGACUGGACUGAGUUCUGCAAAAGCGUUUUUAUCUUGAAGGGAAAAUCCCUCUCUGUUGGGUCUCUCAACAGGUGGGAGAGAGAACCUGGGAGCAACGUUGCAAAUUCUCCAAAGAGAAUCCUAAAUGUAUAGCAGUUGCCUUAUCAUAUUUGCAGUGUUGACCUUUCAAGCCUUAAAAUAAAUAAUAUAAUAGUAACUGCUGUGACCUUUGUAAAUUCUAAGUCGUGUACAUCGUAUACAAAUUUUGUAUAUAGUUAUAGGUUUUGGUAAGAUCAUUAAUUUAAUAAUCAUGUAAUGGAUUAGUGCCAGUACUUAGGAAUGCGUCCCCAAUUAGCUAACUGUUAUGCUAAAUACAUUGACACUAAAAUUAAGUCAUUAUUAUUAUAAAUAUUAUUAUUAUUAUUUUUGCUUAAGUGUAAAUAAUUAAGCAAUAGGUUUUAAAAAUUUUAAUAAGAACCUGUUUCAAAUGUUAGGCUUAACAGGUUAUUGUACAGUGGGGACCUUACUGGGAAAUUUUAGCAUAACGUGACUAAAAACCAGGUUUUUAGUCCUGGGCUUUUACUGUACUUCAUCCUUUUUAGGUUUUGAAGGUAUGGAGGGUCCAGUGGGUCCUGAAGGAGUGGAGGGUCCCAAAGGAGAAAUAGGAGAGAGAGGAUUGCCUGGAGAGCAACUUAAUGGGUCAGAUGGGAUGAAAGGACCUCCUGGAGACAAAGGAUACAAGGGUGUCCAGGGCUCAGCAGGCAGAAUAGGUCCAGCAGGUAACAAUGAUGCAGACAAACUGUAGAUAUAAGCCAAUGAUAAUCCAGUCUGUCCAUGGUUUUGUUAGAUUCUCUAAGGGAGUACAGUAAAUGUUCUCAUUGCUACAUGGAACUCUGGUGAGAUCUCUAGCACAGCCAGAAGCUCAAUGGUUAUGACAUAAAUGUUUGUAGUUUUAUACAGUGUAUGGAUACCUUCAGGAUAUCUCAUGUCCAAGUGAUAUUGGGUUCUCUGACAUGUAUCGCUCUUUUCUUUAUUUUUGGCAUGUGCCCAAAUAUUGUGGUGAAAAUGUAAAACAUUGUCUUUUCAUCAUUAUUUACCCAUGUUCACUACAUUUUUUUUCUCUGAGCUUUGUUGACAUUGGGCUAGACAAAGUGUUGAAGCCCUCAUCAGUUGAAAUAUACUUUAAACCCAUGAGAAAAAGGUAGCAUGUUUAACUGAUUGAUUCUUCUGUCUGGAUUUUGGCUAAUGGCUUGUGUUGGUGAAACCUCACUAAGAUUACUUAAUUUGAUGAGAACAGAAGAAUGAAAUGAAUUCUGAAAGUUUUUGUAAAUUAAAGCCUUCAUAGUAAGAGAGACUCUAACUUGUACCUCAAUAUUCAUAUUUCGUUAAAUAUUAACAUCUAUUUUGGACUGGGAAUCUAUUAAUCCUGCACAAAACCUAGCUCAGUGACAUUGCGACUUCAAAAACCAGGGUUUAAUACCAUCAACUGAUGUGAUACAACUCGAUCACUUUCACUCUGAAGAUGGCUACCGCACAGGUUGUCAAAACGUCAAUCAUUGUCAACAGCAGUCAUAUUCAGGACUACAAAGCACCCUGAUGAUCAUGCAAAACCUACCUAUCAAAUGACCUUUGAUAGGUUUAUGUUGUGUGCUCAGAUGUAUACAAAAGUUACAGAGCAAUCAUUACUAGUCAGGCUGACUUGGAUUAAAAAGGUUUAUACGAUAACAUUCUUCCUCGUGCUUCUCUUUCAUUUCAUGAUCUUCAGCCAGGGUACCAAAUUGCCCAGAAGGUGUAUGCCCCACUUCCACUUUUGUGCCAAAAGCUGGAGCUGCUGGUCGCCAGGGUGAACCUGGUGAACAAGGGCCUCCAGGACCACCAGGUGCUCAGGGACAAAAGGGAGAAAAAGAUCAGUGCCCGCAAUGCCCCCCUGGUGAAAAGGGCCCUAAGGGUGAUAGAGGAAGCCCUGGUGCAAAUGGAACUCAGGGAGAUCCAGGACCAAAUGGAAUUAAAGGUUCACGAGGGCCUACCGGUGAAGUAGGAGAAGCUGGAGUUGAUGGUACACCAGGCGAGAAGGUAAAUACAAAUGGCAUUGAACUGUUAUUUGUUGCUGAUUGGUAGAUUAUGAGCAGUCUCUCUUUUUUCCUUAGUCAGACAACCAAAACACAUGAGAUACUAAAAUGAUCGCACGCAUGGACUCCCCAGAGGGGGUACUUCCUAGCCAUAGACUAAUGGGAGGAUAUACCACUGGAUGGGGUCAUAUUUUCACAACGGGAUUGACUGUAAUGGGGUUACCCUCCACUGGCUUCCCACAAUAAAAUAGAUGUGGUCUCAUUUCUAUAUCCCUUAUUCUAACACAGGUAGAAACUAAGGAAAAGAUUUAAAUGUCCCUGCAUGGAGUAGUCUGACAUUGUAAGCGAGCUUCAUGCACACAAAAUACAUUUAUUCGUAGGUUUGAAAUUCAUAUAAGGCUUGUUGGACCCUUACAUAGCCACUCAACCUGUAGUCAAGGCGGGUUCUCAUUUAAUACACUCACUAUGGCCACUUCCCCAAUAUUAGUGCAGAGCUGAUGUGAUAAACAGAAUGAUGAAGAGUAUAAUGUUUUCGUCUCGAAGGGUGCCAAAGGUGAUUCAGGGCCAACAGGGCCACCUGGAGAAAAAGGUGAGAGACCACUUAAACCUAGACAAGAAGUGUUCGAACCCCCUGGUCCCCCUGGUGAUGUUGGUACUAUUGGUAAGAAAGGGCUGAAAGGUUUUCCUGGAGUUAACGGGUCACGAGGACAAGAUGGGCCUCCUGGAGAACAAGGUGCCACUGGUCCCACUGGAAUGAAGGUAGGCAUAAACCAAGUUACUUAAAAUAACCUCUUGAGCUCUAAAAGGGACUGCUUUUUUUAGUUUAACUUUGGUCUUAGCUCCCAUGAGUUUCCAGUAAAUUAGCAGUGGAGCAUCUGGACUCGUAACCAGAAGGUCGUAGGUUUAACUCCCAUUGGGACUACUGGCAUUUUUCCUUCUGAGCUGCCUGUGUCACUGACUGGAUAAUCAUCUUUCUCGUACAUUCUGUUUCCAAAGGGUGACGAUGGCUUUCCCGGAGUAGAUGGGGGACAAGGUGAGCCUGGUGAGAAGGGAGAUAUGGGUCCAAAAGGUGAUUCACCACCCAUUGAUCCCGUUCCAAAUAUGGGUCAAAAGGGAGACACUGGUGCCAAUGGAACAAAAGGAUUGGAGGGAGAGAAGGGAGCUAAAGGACAGAAAGGAGAUGAGCCAAACGUUGAAGGUAAAAUUAGUUAGUUUGUGAAAUCUCAGUGUGUGUUUUAACUCACAGAAAGAUUUUAACUUAUUUUGAGAUUAGUUUUAAAUAAUGUUUUGCUCAUGACAAUAUUACCAAGCACAUGGAUCCAUGGUAAUAAAUUGUUUUUUUGUUUUGUUUUUUAAUGGGAAUUUGUCUAGAAUGUUAAAACCCUAACACUUUGACAAUGUGUGAUGAAUGUGUUUUACUUGAAACUACUGUACCCACAAUAUGGCUCCUGAGCAAUUAUAAAGUUUUAUCACUAGACAUCACCUCUGGUAAAAGUGGAGCUUGAAUUGAAAUAAUUGUCAAGAAAAUGGCACAAACAGCGACAGUGGGCGGUUUCAAUCAGUGGUAUACAUGAUCUUUGUUGUCUAUUUAGUCCAGGAAAUACAAGACAGUGCUGAAUGAAUUUAUAGCUUAAGCAUUUUGUAUAGUUGACAGGUUACUAUUCAGGAAUACCUGAUUAUUCAUGUUGGUAACAAAUUUUGAAUGUUCUUUGUUUUCGUUAAAGUGAAAGUAAUGUUCCAAUGUUAGAGAUGUUAAGUUACAUUGUUUUCAGGGUUUGGGUGCUGGUCUCCAGUAUUGGUGCACUGCUGACUCGGCUCAGCAAUAUCCUUCCAGUAUGGAGGAACAACCAUCUAAGCGAAUCAAAUACGUUUGCAAGAGUUUUACCUGUAGCGGUCAAUGCGGGUAGACUGCUUUCACACUGGAGAAACAGCUAGGCUACCAAGUAGAACUAUAACCCCACUACCACAUUUAAGAAAUAAAACAUAUUUGCUCAAAACAAACACAUGGAAAACUUGUUCCUGUUGUCGGAAACUGUUGUCAGUAGUGUUUGAUUAUUAUCGCAUUUUCAAUUAGUGCUAUUAAAUCUGUUAAGAGCUCUAUUAGUGAGACACACAAGUAGUAGUUAAUGCGAGAAUCUCAUGACAUAAUUGAAACAUUCCGGUAUAGGGCGUAUUGACAGGUUUUCUGAUAGAUAAGUGAAACAAUGUAUGUGCGGUAUCUUUAGAGAACAAAUUUUACUUCAGUGUGAGAGAGAUUUUUAUGUCGUGUAACCAAUAAAUUAGAAACCGAGAAUAUCGUUUGUUCCAUUUCCAUUUCCAUUUCCAGACUAUACCUAUACCGGCAGGCAGAAACAGUGUUUCUUCAGGAGGUCCCCUUCUAUGUGGCCAAUCUUUCCUGGGCUGGGUGGGUUUUCUGUAAUGACAGAUCUUAAUCCUCCCUCAGGAGUCAUAAUGGCUACCUUGUUUUUGAUUAUUGCGGUUUGCCAAUUUGUUUUUGUAGAUCAGAUAAAACUCAAAGGAUCCAAGGGUGAAGCAAGUUUUAUUGAAGGUCCAAAAGGAGAAAAGGGGGAUAAUGGCACAAAAGGCAGCAGAGGUGAUACAGGUGUAAGCGGCUCACCAGGUCAAAAGGGAGAACCAGGGGAACCCCCCCCGCCAAUUGGUGGAUUAGUUGGUAAUAUAGGUAAGUCCGAUGAGCCACAACCUUGACUUAAUCCUUCAAGGCCCAGUAUCCACAUGAAAAUUCUCCAUACUGAUUCUCAUACAAUUCCUUUUAAAAGAAAAGAGAAUUAGGGAAAAAAGUUAAAGAAUUUUUCUCUUUAGUGCUGUUUUAGUUUGUAUAUGAUGUCUAAUGUUUGUAUUUGCAUCAGUUGAAUUCCAAAAGUAAUGGUCCAGUGUUGUUGUUUUAAAGACAGUCAAAUCCCCUUUAUAUGGACACUGAGGGGGCCAUAGCAAGUGUCCGUAUUAAAGGGGCUGUGUCACGGCAGUCCAGUUCAUUUUGGUUUGUUUUGCCAAUCACUUGCCCUCAGUUGCUUUGGAACUUAAAGUAAGCAAAGAAAUUACGGGUAAUAUGACAAAAUCAGAGAUCCGAGACAAACAAAUAUGUCUCCUGAGCAUUAUUUUUGAAGUUGCAAUCAGCACGGAUCAACUUUGAAAAACUGUUAGGCUGAACAGUUUUCAAAAACCCUUAUUCCAAUCCGUUUCAAUCUUCUUCAGUUUUGCCCUUCCAAGGCAUCUGUUGUUUCUGUUAUGUUAUUUUAACCGUCCUUUAAAGUUUUAAGCGGUUAUUUUUGUUUCUCUUAAUUUAACGGGCAUUUUUUAAUUUCCUAAUUUGGCUGAAUUUCGUGACACAGCUCUUUUAAGCGGGUGCCCGUAAAGCAAGGUUUGACUGUAUUGUAUCUUUUCCCUUCCUUGUAACACAGGUGCACCAGGAAUUGAAGGUAAGAGAGGCCCUGUAGGUGACCAGGGUGACAUAGGACCAGAGGGCCCACAGGGACCGCCAGGAGAAGCUGGAGCAGCAGGAUUACCAGGAGAACCAGGGGCCAGUGUACCAGGGCCCAAUGGUACCGAUGGAGAACCUGGACUCAAGGGCCAGAAAGGUACACUCUAAGCUCCCUACUGGGUGGCCUCUCGGGUAGUGGAACAGUAAUGUUCCACUUUGAAUGGUCCCAGUAAGAGGCCUCUAGCAGCAAGGAGAAUUACGGUUGUGCUUGCAGGAGCUUGCGUCACUUUAAUUAACACCAUUUGUUCAGAAAAAACACUGUGGUACUACAUUAUUCUUUAUUAGUCAUCAUUGUUCUAAGGUGAUCUCGAUCAUGGCAAAAAUACUGUACCGUAUAAUAAGUCAAUAGAGAAUAACAGGAAUUUUCCUUUGUAAUGACUACUAAUGUAAAAGAAAAGUCUAAAUCAUUCCGGUCAGAGUAGCUGUCAGUAGUGUCUGCAGUAAGGCGCAGUUGAAUACUUUCAUAGAAACUGCGAGGUACAAAUUUCUAAUAAUAAUGAUAAUAAUAAUAAUAAGAGCCUAUGUUUUACUAAGCUUAUAUAGUGUGGAAAUGUCCCGGAAAUUUUCAAAAACUUCAGAUAACAAUGGCAAUGGCAAAUAGGGCGAACGUUUAUACCUUUGCUGUAGAGCAAAGCUAAAGUGACAAACUACAUUUCCUUAUAAAGUAGCUGCAGGAAUUUAUUUUUAAGUUAUGUUUCCUAUUAUAGCUCUUCUUGACUUCCACACCUACAUUAUACGGUCAACUCUCUCCUAUGGACGUUUUCCUUGUUCUCAAAGACGCCAAGCUUGUUUACCAUCCACUAAAAAAUUUUCUGGAAAAUCUGGUUGAAAAGUCAAUAGGGCACGGCUUUUUGUGUUGUUCCAGAGGAAAAUGUCUGGGAGUGAUGAACAUCUGAAAAGUAGACAUGUUUUUCUGGACGGAAUAUAUCAAACGAAAAUUCGAAUUGAAUCCCAUCUUUGACAACAGUUUCAGGCCUUUGCAGCUGUUUUUCAUUAAAAGGAACUGAUUUGUGCAAAUAACAAACACAAUUCUGGAAUGAGAUUUACCAGUCCUUGAACCAAGCAGUUUUCCCAUCUAAAUGGUAAACAACCCAAUUUUCACACAAUUCUUACCUCUUGCACUGACAUUUGAGUCUGCUCUGUUUCUUUGGCAUCCAUACCAUGAGAGUGUAGGAGUAAUUCAGUGUCCGGCAAAUUGUCCUUUCUAUCUCAGGGGUAAAGGGCGAGGCUGGGGCUAAGGGCAAUCGUGGUGCCAAUGGCCGUAAGGGAGAAACUGGACCAAGAGGACCCAAAGGAGCUUCUGGUGGGAAUGGAACUGCUGGAUCCACUGAAGGCCCUAAAGGUCAAAAGGGAGAGCCUGGAGACAAGGGAGAAAUGGGUGUCAGCAUUGUAGGGCCACCUGGAGAUCAGGGCGUGAUGGGCUUAACCACUAUGGCCAUGAAAGGUACGUACGUAUGUGGCUCGACAUUCUAAGGACAUGAACAUCACUUGCAUGCUUCAAUGUGUUUCCACCAGAACAGUACAGAACCUAGCUUGGAGGUGAAGCCACUGUAUAAACACUGUGUACACAUUGUUGAAUUAUUUUAUCAAGUAGAGAAAAAGCUUGCAAAGUCAAUAGCAAUUGGAGACUGCAUAGCCAUAAAUUGUAACUUUUCCAAGCUUUUCAGGCAAUCUUCGUAAAUAGGAGUGGUUUAGGUUAGUGCGAUAGGCCUUAGCAUUGCAGAAUAUUACACCAAAUGUUUGUUUAAUUUUUCCUCCAGCACUGCAUGAAGUUUCUGCGGUAAAAAAAGGAAAAAAAAUUUUUUUUGUCUUUUUUUGUAUUUGUUUUUAAGGAGAAAAAGGCGAGCCUGGACCAACCGGAGAAGAGGGCAUGGCUGGAACGCCUGGUGUUAAAGGAUCACGUGGCUCACCCGGUGACCCUGGAAAAGACGGACCUCAAGGACCAGCUGGACCACAAGGACAAAAGGGGGAAAUAGGAGAAAUCUGUAAGUUUUUUUCUUUUUACCGUCAGGGCUCCUGUUACUUUUAUAAACCUAGUAAAUGGCUUGCUUCUCAUUAGUCGCUCUAGCCCAGUGAGUAGAGCGUUUGCCCAGUACUUGGUCAAUUAUGGGUUCAAAUCGCCUCACAGACUCGGGUUUCUGUAUAUCAAACGCUUGUGGAAUGAUCCAUUACGUUUCUCCAACGGACUUCUGACCAAACUUAAGUGCAAGUCCAAUGCUACAAUAAAAUUAUUCUGCACAAGGGUUGUUCAACAGAAGCAGGAGCUGCAACAUUUGUUGAUCAACACAUGUUGCAGGAAAUUUUCAAUCAACGCGAAACUAUAGCAUUGGCUUCUUUUUUUCUUUCUUUCUCUUAUUUAUUUAUACUUUUUGUUUCAAUUCUAGUGUGUGGUCAGUUUAGUGCGGAUUAUGCCUUCCUAAUGGAUGCCUCUGGUAGUAUUCUCCCACCGGAAUUUGAUAUUUUAAAACAAUUUGUCAAACAAGUGAUAGACUUUCUCCAGAUUGGACAAGAGAAGACGCAUGUUGGUGUUAUCGAAUACAGCCGGGGAGCUAGUUUGCAGCUUAAUUUUACUAGAUCCUUUAAUAAAACAGAAAUAAAGAAGUUAGUGGAUGACGUACCCCAUACCGCAGGUAUAACACGGAUCGAUUUGGCCCUGAAGAUUGCCUCAGAAGAAUUAUUCACAGCGCAAGGAGGAAUGAGAGAUGACUCUAGAAAGGUAUUAAAGUUGUAUUUAUACAGGGUGUCCCAAAAGUUCGUUCCUCUAAUUUCAUGAGCGAAAGCUUUUGAUCAAAACUUUAUUUUGACAUGAAAUUUCUGAAAGAUGUUUAUUGCUCUAUCGAGCACAUGUAUUCAGAAGUUCAAUGACUGACAUGGCCCCUUUUUUAUCACGUUUUUUUUAUCACGCUUUGUAGCAGUUGUGGCAUCGAGUGGAGUAAGUCAUGUAGCGUGUAGAGCCCCUGGUGAUUCAUUUUAAGCAUUUUUUGUCACCUGGUAAGCAGGAGCCACUUCGACUCCCAAACAAUAUAAUUUUUUAGAUUAGGCAGCUGAAAAAGAAUAUUUUGGGCAUUGAUCCAAGAAAAGAUGAUAAAUUCGGCCACUUUCCACAGUAAGGCUUUUGAACAUCUUUACAAAUUUACAGACUUGUAAAGUAGAGGAACUUUUGGGACACCCUGUAGUUGUCAAGGCUUUCAGAGAAUUUACCCAAUAGUGAUCUUCUGGUGUUGAAACAGAGGUAACACUGUCCCAAUACACAUUUAGAGGUACAAAAGUAAAUGUAACAGCCACCCUACUGUAAAUUAAAAAGCUACCUGUUGCGCAGUCCCUUAAGGUGAACAAAUCUUGAACGAGUGGUACAAUGGAUGACUGCAAAAAGGCUAUUUAGAGGGACAUUAAAUACAUUGCACACAGCAGCAAGCCACCUGUUAAAGAAGCUCUCGAGGUUAUUCUGACUAAAGAAGACAUGUGUUAGGCUCUUAAGGAAUUCUGUAAUAGUGAAGAAUAGUUGCAUUUCUGAAACUUUUACCGCAGUUUGGAAUACAGCACUUGUGGUGUAAUGCUUGUUCGCCUUAAUGCUGUCCCUCUAAGCAAUCCCAAGCAUAUCGUACCCAACUUUUCACUCGUUUAUAACGUGGCGAAUUACCUAUGAAUUUGAAAUAGUAACAGAAACAUUCAAAGUUAUUCUCUCUCUCCUCAGGUCAUGGUGCUUCUUACUGACGGAAACCAAACUGGAUUUGACCUUGUCCCUGAUCAGACACCUCUAGUGGAUGCAAUAAAACCAAUCAAGGAUUUGGGUGUCAAGGUUAUUGCGAUUGGUAUUGGAAGUGUAGACAGGGAGCAGCUGGCAACUUUAGUCACCGACACCAAUGAUAUUCUGCAGCCUAAAAAUUUUUCAGAACUUUUAUCUUUCGUCAGGACAACCGUUGGCAGGAGCUGUAGAGGUGUGUAAUCAUAACAGGAAAUAGGACACUAAGGGCGGGGAGCCAAAUUUCGCUUGGCUCAUUUCAUACGAAGCAAGAAGAAAUUAGAACCAAAAUAAAUUUCUUUGCCUACUUAUUGCAUGUACCCAUCACUUUCCAAGAGUCAAAACUGGCUGGCCGGACCAUGGCCGCAUUAGUCAUUUUGACAAUAAAAUAGGCUUUUCCGAAGAGUUUUUGGUGAAAAACCAUGUACAACAACAACACUUGACUCUGUUUUUAAAAGAACAACAUUACAAAAAAAUGACAAACCACAGCACAGCUAAUCGAGGUUGGUGGUACAAUCAAAACAAAAAUUAACUCAACCUCCAUCUUGGUCAACCCAGCACUGACUCAUGUCUUUCGUGCCUGCUAUUUAGGAUUUGACCAAUCUGGCGGGAUAAAGUGAAAUUCUCUUUACGACGGGGAUACUCUGGUCGGCCAGUUCUCACAAAUGGAUAGCGCUCUUACUCCCCUUAGUCAGGCCACUUUAACCCUUUAAGCCCCAAUAUCCACAAGCAAAUUCUCCAAACUGAUCUCGAUACAUUUCUUUAAAGAAUGAGUUGAGAGAAUUUGAGAAAAGAUCAAAGCAUUUUCUCUUUGGUGAUCAUUUAAUUAAUUCUCAUAACCUUAUCUCUUGACAUUGCGUGAAUAUCGUUAGGAGAAAAUUGAUGCUGGUCACUAUUGGGACUUAAAGGGUUAAGAAAAAGACUGGUUCCAGUUUUGUGCAUCUUAUCAAAACGAUUCGUCAAAAUGCGAUUCCAAUUGUUUAACUCGUGAUCAGUGUUCGAUAUAAGAAGCCGAUUGGUUAUUUCCUUAGGUCCAACUGGUAACCCUGGUAUUCCGGGACCAAAGGGUUACAACGGAACUGCAGGGGGUACUGGUGUGGAGGGUAUGCCAGGGAUGCUUGGACAGCAAGGCUCUACUGGGGAUCGAGGAAUCAGUGGAGCUCCGGGACCCAAAGGACCUGCAGGUGAUAAAGGAGACGAAGGUGAACGUGGGCCACCAGGUAAUGUAUCAUAAAAACAUCUUUGUAUAAGGGCAGAUUUCAUUUAAAUAACUUUCUUUGGACGAAAUGUUGAUGCGUUUGCCAUUUUGUGAAACGUUGCCUUGCCUAUGUUUACUUUAUUUAUGCAAAAAGUGCGAUAGACUUGAGCGAAGCCAUUAAAAGCACGUGAUAUGAGGGAGAGUGAGGGGGAUUAGCAAACGACGCUUGUAAGACACGACACGGUGGGGGAAGGGGUUUGUUAGCAAGGGGACAACGAGUUAUAGUUACAAACCACUUACUAGAGAACUGUUAAAUACACCGUGCAGAGCAUAACAAUCAGCGCCACGGGGAGGUACUGAUUCGUAGCUUUCAUUUAAGUGAUUUACCGUGGCAGGAUUAGCUCAGUCGGUAGAGCGUUUGACUGCAGAGCGGGAGGUCGCGUGUUCGAUUCCCGGGGCCGGACCAUUACUGAGGGUCUUAGAAUGACUGAGAAAUGAAGGUACUUCCUUUGCACUGCAAGCGGCAAGACCUUCGCGUGGCUCGGAUGACCACGUAAAAUGGCGGUCCCGUCUCCAUUAGGAGACGUAAAAAUAGUGUCCCCAAUUAGCACUUUCGUGCUAAAUACAUUGACACUCAAAUAAAAAGUGAAUUUUUUUUUUACAGUGUAUAACUUAUUUGCAGACUCAAAAGUUGAAUUACUCUGCACAGUAUUAUUAGGUAGCACCACAAUGCAUCACUGGUCAUAAUUAUAAUCUCAUCAAAUACUCCGCGAACGCAUACGUAUUUCCGGUCGUCACUUCUCUCCACCCGUGUGGAGAAGGGACGACCGAAAAUACGCGUAUGUUCUCAGGCCAUGUCAAGACAAAACGUGAAAAGCAUGGUUUUAUAAGUAACGCAGUUUAACACAUUUGCUGUGUAUGUUUUUCGUACAGGGAAGGCAACUCCAGGAUCUAAGGGUGUCCCAGGUGACCCAGGUGAUCCUGGCCCACCAGGAGAGCGUGGUUUAGAUGGUAAUGUUGGAGACAAAGGAGAUCAAGGUGCUCAAGGAGCCGCUGGUGUGCUUGGUGAGGUCGGUGAUCCUGGUUCCCCAGGGUCUCCUGGACCUCAAGGAGAACAGGGAGCUAAUGGACAACCAGGUAGUCAGCGGGUUAUUCUAUCAUUUGUAGCUUUGUUCUACCAAAAAAAAAAAUUAAUUGUACAGGAAUGUGCAGAAACAAACUCUGUUCAUAAUAAACACUUACUUCCUGUUAGCAGGCACUAGACCAGUUUUUAGUUUUGCCUGUCAAGAUAUUGUUAGCUUUGUUCUACCAUAAGCAAAAAUGCAGGAGCGUUUAGAAGCGAAAUCUGUUUAUUGUAAACUCUUACUUCCUGUUAGCAGGCGCUAGACGAGUUUUUACUUGUGCUAGUUUUCUCUCGAAUUCGCAAUUUGCACAAGUGAGCCUGCUAUGACAUAACUGACCUGCUCUUGUAAUCCAGCCCUAGCUUUAAAAGGUGCGAACUGAAAGAAAUCUUAGCGCGUAAAGAAAGAAGUGUCCAAAAGCCCAGAACUAGUGGAUUUUGCUAUCGGGCUAGUGAAUUCUGUUAUUAACUUGCCCGACGGGCAAGUGAAGUGUUUUGAGGAAUUCAAAUUACUGAAGAACUGUGAAAUCAAUCUGCUCAUUUGCGACUACAGUAAAAGCCCGCGUAUAAGAACGUAGUGAUUUAAGAACCUACAGGCUGAAAUUUUGCAUUUUAAUACCCAAAUAUAAAAGAACCUAUUCAGCCUGACAAAGAAAAAUAGGUUGUUAGAUAAAAAACACUCCAGAUUUGAUGUUCAAGUUCUGGGUUUUAAUUGUGAAAAUUUUUGUAGUGUACCGCUUUUUAGUCUUGCCAAUGAAAUAUUAUUCAUUCCAUGAAACUUUGCUGUAGUUACAAGUACAGUAACAAUUGCAGUUCCCCGAAUGCUAUCACUAUAAUAACUUUUGCAAAGAAAUAACCCACUAAGAACCUAAUCAGCCUGUUAUUGGAAAAAAUACCCCAAAAUAUAAGAGCCUGUUCAGCCUGAACUCCAAAAUUCUAGGUUCUUAUACGCGGGUUUUUACUGUAGUUGAGAUGAUGUUUGGGCUAUUAAAUGUUAGCUUCAGCUUGCCCGGACGGAAAGCUGUGAAAAUGACUUUCUUUGCGUCCUGAUUCUCUAUAAAAUCUAUCUUGUUACUGGUUGAACAAAACAUUGAGUAUAUAAAUGCGCCAUACAGUGAAACCAGUGCCAGUGCGCCCAAAGCUCUUUUGAAGAGAGAAGGGUCUGUGAAGGAAAGGCCAUUGCAUCUCAAAAAUCAUGAAGUUGGCUAUCAAGUGUAAAACGAAAGCACAUGAUUCUUUCCCUUGACUCCUUAUUGGAUGGUGAUACCAUUUACGAGGAUUGAUUUGAUUUUAUAACGUAAAAUUCCGAAAAUAAGCGCCUCCAUGUAUAAGCCCCUCCAAAUCGUAAAGCAAACAACCCUCCGUUAAAUCGCCCCUCCGAAUAUAAGCCCCCCGGAGGGUUUGUACUUGGAAUUUGCCCUGGAAUACAAAAUAAAACAAAGUAAAAAUGGUGAAUUUCCUUUCCACUACAAGCUAGCCCAAUCGAUUUUGAAACGCAAAUUUCCCUCCGAAUAUAGGCCUCUCCAAAAGUAAGCCCCUCAAAAAGGGCCUUUGAAAAGUAUAAGCCCUUGGCUUAUUUUCGGAAUUUUACGGUAUUUGCCUUACAAUUUUAUUUCGAGGCUAUUUACAAGGAGGGAGGAAGAUCCUAGAAGGCGGAUCAUCCAGCGCCAUAUGUUUUCUGUAUUUAGGUUACAUGAAAAAAGUUGUACUUUUCCCUAGCGCUAGGAUCUUCCAAGCUGAGAGGUAGGAAGAUCGUAGUACCCACCAUGUAAACUGCUUCGCUGGGAAGAUCCUAGUGCUAGGGAUAAACCACACAAAAAUGGCGGCGGGCCAUUCAGGGGGUAAUCUUUAAUCUUUAAUUCCUUCUCAACUGUUAACCACAGCGGAGCAAAAUUUCUGCAUGUAAACCCAACGAAGCGUUGUUCCUGGUUCUAAGAUCUUCCUCCCUCUGUGUAAACAGCCCCAUAGGCUUCAUUUAACCUGCCUUGUAAGUUAGAUGUCUUUUAAGGUCUCGGUAAAUGAAAAUUUUAGUACAUUGCUCGAUUUUGGUUUUUUUGGAUUUUUGGCAUGAGUGGGUCCUAAAUUUUAUUUUGACAGAAAAAGAAAAUCAGAAAGUGCUUUUUAACCCUUCUAAAGUGAGCCUUUUCUGAGCUAACCAGCCAAGCGUGGACCUCGCGCUAAAUCUUUAGAGCUGAUUUUCUCUCACUCUAUUUUAGACGCAAAAAGCAAACUUCUCCGACCUCCAGUCGGGACAGGUUUUAAGCUAUCGCUUUGAAACUUUCAGAUAUGAUGGAUAAUGAUAUAGACUCAAAAAAGGUGUGAGGAAUUUUCCGAUUUCCCUUUGUAACUCAUUUUAUGUCAGUUUCUUUGCGUAAAUCGCGCUCGAGAUUCGACUUUUUAGUUUGAAAUGCAAUAAUUCCGCUAAUACGAGACAAAUGCAAAUUUCCUCACACCCUUUUUUAGGUCUUUUAUCUAUCAAUCAGACGCAAUAAAAAGGAAGUGAAUAUUUAACAACGCGAAAGGGCUGGAGCUUCAGCAGUUAACUCGAUACCUCUGAGUUCGAGAGCAAAAAACUUAAGCGCCUUUUGAAAUUCGAUGAAAUAAAGUCUGUUAUAAGGUAAUUUAGUCUUUUAGCUUUAAUUUGAUAUAUAACUUGCCUUUGUAGCGAAAAUACUCGCGCGAGUAGAAUUUUUUGCUGUGGGCACCUCGUUUUCCUUUACCGAGACCUUAAGUAACUGACCCAAAAGUUUUGGUGUUUGUUCAUUUUGAAGGUAUUGCAGGCAUAAAAGGAAUGGAAGGAUUUCCUGGCCCUGAUGGUGAUGUUGGACCGCAGGGGCUCUUGGGUUCAAGCGGUGUUAUUGGUUUCCCUGGGAGCCCUGGUGAAAAAGGUAGUACAAUUGUUCUUACUGACCCUCUUGACCCUGGUGAGGAUCAACAUCUAAUUUAUCUUUAUACUAUCGCUGGUUAAUCAACACAAAGGCCACUAAAAUUAUGGAAAUUAUUAGCAAAGCAAUUGUCUUCAUAAGUACCUUAUAAACAAAAUUUAGUAAAGUUCUUAAAGUAUGCUAUCGCAAAUAGUUCAGUUUCGAAUUAAAAAUUACCGCUGAAUACAAACAUUAACGACACAUUCAUACAGGGUUAACCUCGACAUAAAGUAAAAUAUUCAAAAAUUCCUGCAAGUAAGUGUUUGAAAUUUGAAUAUAAACAAUAGACAUAGUAAUAAACAGGUCUUUUUCUCGUUGGAAUUUGGGAAUUUAUUACGCCUCUUCACUUCUUUAAUUCAGCGGUCAUAGCGAAUUCGAAACUGGACUAUUGGAAAUCCCACAUUCUGAUUUGUUGAUUUUCGGUUGUCAUGUCACAUACUAAGUAAUCCCAGGCUCUCCAAAGAACUAGCAAAAAGUAAAUGACGGCGUCAAUCUCAGAGAUCCGAGAUUAAGACUUAAUGCGUUUUUAUUGUUUAACUGCAAUAACGAACUGUGUCAACUAUAGAAUUCCCCGUAACGGUGUAUACGCCAAGUAAGAAAAAAAUGCACCCUAAAAGAGAACACUGGGAAUAGGGAGCUUAAGCAGCGACGUUUUUGAGCGACGCACGUCAACCGGAAGUGAGGUAUUUUCCCUCUCAACAUGCCUUGAUGAUAUAAAAUUUGUAUUCCUUAGCUUCUUUACUGUUAUAGAGGCGAUUUGACUGAAAAUUUGCGCGAAACCACCGUCAAAAAAAUGAAAAAAGGCCACUUCCGGUUGACGUGCGUCGCUCAAAAACGUUGUUGCUUAAGCUCCCUAAUGUCUGCCUGUGCCUCAGAAAGCUUGUAAUAAAAAAUGUUUUGUUUUGUUUUGCUUUUUCCUACAGGUGCUAUUGGUGAUCCUGGUCUUGACAUACCAGGAGAUAAAGGAGACCCUGGUGAGAGUGGAAAUCCUGGAAUCAAAGGCUUAAAGGGCUCACCUGGAGGAACUGGAGAUAAAGGCUUACCAGGGCCACCCGGGAAUUCUACCCCCGGGGAGCCAGGAGAGGCUGGUGGGUUCCAAGAUAGAAAAUACCAAAUUUUACGAUACAAAAAGGAGAGAUUUAGAAUCAAGUUUGUGGCGAAAGGCAAACUUCACUUUGUAUCGUCUUGCAAACUAUUAACUUUUCUUUCCGUUCAGCGUUCAUUCCUUACACAAAAAGAUGAAGCUGCAUGCGAGUUCUCCCAGGAGAGAAACAGUCAAAAGUUAAUUUGGGGGGCGUUAUUUGAUAACUCGGACCUCAGUCCGUGAGAUUAUAUGGUCCCAUUACAACCUAUUAUUAAUAAGAUUUAAAGAGACUGCUUCAUAGCAGUUUGGUCAAUUUUGUAAUAGCCUGCUUGGUAGGCGUUUGGAAGGAAAGGGGAAGGGGGUUCAGGACGCGCGGUCUCGCGCCUAAACUCCCUUUCCCUUCCCUUUCGAACGCCUUCCACGCAGGCUAAUUUUGUAAUCAAUAUGAACUUCAACAUAAGCGAAAAAAUAACUUGUAACUUAUGAAAUCACAUAAAGAGGAGUUAAAAAAGACCAGUGUUCGCAAUGGAGCUUUUGUUGAAAGGCAGCUGUAAACCAGUGUUCAAAAUGGCGCUUUUGUUGAAAGGAAGCUAUAAACCAUCCGACCUUCUUUGUAUGAAAAGCAUGUGGAAUGUUGUUCCUACUUUUAUUAUAUCCCUCAUUCCACUACUACACUACACUACACUAUUACUCUUCUUCCGACCUGCUACGAAGCUUUGUGCCGCGCGUUGCGCACACAAGACCGUAUGCCCUUAGAACAGGAGAAUCUGUUUCUGUGCGUGCCUCCUCAAGAACUAACAGAUUUGGAAAUUUUUGCACCGUCAAAUACCAGAAUCACGUUUAAAAUAGCGAAAUGUGAUAUGUCUUAACAUUAACAGUUAUAUUUACGUGUCAUAAUUCCAAGGUAUUUGUAUGUAAUUAAUGACCCGCCUUGUAAUUCAGUUUAUGAUGCAAAAAGGUUGAAUAAUCGAUCAUUAUUAUUAUUAUUAUUAUUAUUAUUAUUAUUAUUAUUAUUAUUAUUAUUGUAUAAACAGCCCCUCAAUUUGGCGAUUAUGUUUUCAGUGGAUGAAAUGGAUAAGUUUGGGUCACAGGUCUUUUAUUAAAGGUACCUAUCAGGAGAAUGGUUUGGCACUUUAUGUGGCUUACAACUAUUGCCAUCCUUGGUUUAGGUCCCGGAGGAGUUAAAGGAGACAAAGGUGAUCCUGGUCUUCCGCCAGCAGAGGGUGUGGCUCUACCUGCUGGUGAUCCUGGGGACCGUGGAGGUCCCGGAAAGGUUGGUAUGCCUGGACUGGAUGGAAUGGAUGGGGACCCUGGACCGCAAGGAGAGACUGGAGCUAAUGGACUGCCCGGUGAUAUGGGUAAGUUGUUGUAAACCAAAACGUUACCUUCAUGCAGACACACAGUUCUUAACUUAUACAGCGUUUUUCAUUGUUGACCUUUAAGGACUAGUUCCCUUCAUAGAAGGAUAUAAUGUUUUGUUUUCCCAGUCACAAUUUAGCUGACAGUGUUUUUACAUCCUCAGGUGUGGCUGUUUGGCUUUUGCAGGGAAAAAAAUCCCCAAUCAUCCAAACUCUAAUGGCCAGGUUUCCCAGUAAAACGCGACCGUAGCAAUCUGUUCAAAUUACGAUAUAACUAUAGUUUGUUCACGGCCUUUAAUACAUUUUCGCUGUGUGAGCUGGCCUGCGAAAAGUAGCCUGCUACUUUUCGCAGGCCAGCUCACACAGCGAAUGUAGCCUCUGCUCGCAGGGUAGGCCUUUAACCAAUCGACAACAAUUUUCCAUGGCGAGUAAUUUCACUGCAGAGUUUUGAUUAUUUUUACUUCAUUUCUAUGAUCGAUAAGAGUAUAGACCAUGAAAAAUUGUUGCAGAUUUGUUUUUUUAACAAUGACAUCGACAAUUUGUGAGGUCCAUUUCGAGUGCGGUUUCUCGGACAAUCGUGGGCGCAAAAAAAGAGAAAACAAAUUGCACCACCAUCAAGUCGUUUCCAUGAUCUGUACUCUUAUCGACCAUAGCUCUCGACCAAUCAACACGCGAGAAAGCGCUCAGUUAUUGUGAAAUUUCCUUUUUUGCAGGAGAUAAGGGUCAACAAGGGUUAGUAGGGAUUCAAGGACCACGUGGUGAGGAAGGUCUUCCGGGAAUACCAGGUGCUCCGGGUGAACCAGGACCAGAAGGACCAGACGGUCAAAGGGGACAGAAGGGAAAUAGAGGACAAGUUGGACCACAAGGUUCCAAGGGGAAUCCAGGAGAAAGAGGUUUGGUUGGGCUACCUGGAUUUGAUGGACUUAAAGGAGAAGUAGGACAACCGGGACCUAAGGGUAAGAAAUGUUUUAAACCACCAGUUAAGGCUUGAGAAAAUCUUGAAUUCCAGCUUGUCCUUUUGGCAAGCAGCUGUCUUUUGAGUAAGCAGCUCUCAUACUUCGGCUUACCAAGGGCCACUUAAACUUUUUUACUUCAACUUGCAGUUUGUCGUUGUAAGUCAUGAGUCAGAGGCUGGUUAGAAUGUGAAUGAAUCUGAAAACUCCAUGUAGCGAGUGUGUGUUUGUAUAGGUAAUAGCAUGAUUUGUAGUGACAACCACGAGUGAUAUUUCGAAAUUGUUAUACGUAAUUUCACGAGCCGUUAAGCGAAAUAUCGCGAGUGGUGUUUAUGCCAAAUAUCACGUACAAAUCAUGCUAUUAUUUGUUUAUACUACUACCCGCAAAGGUUUUGUAAUUUUCACUUGUAGUUAUUUCAAAUUAAGCUGAAAUACCACUGCUCUAAGCCAAUCAAAUUACAGAAAUUUCUCAUGUAGUAGUAUAAUGUAAUUUAAUAUAGUGCAAUUUAAUGUUGUGGAGUCAGUACAGUUGAAUCUCUCCUCAACGGCCUCCUGGGGGACAAAAAAGUGUCCUUUGUGGCGAGGUUUCAACAAGAGUCAAAGUAUAGACUGUCAACAAGAGAGGUCAGGUGGCUGUGGAGAGGAGGCUGUUAGUGCAAGUUCGACUGUAGUGAAUAAAGUUGUCGUCAUUGCAAAAAAAUAGUAAUAUGAAUAAAAAUGCAGCGAGUGGAACAGUCUGGUUCUUUAAACCAGUCAAAGUGGACCCUCUUUGGUGCAUAUUCCGAUCAGAUCGAACCAGAACCGACGGUUCCAUUUGAAUUACAAUCAAAAUGUCCGAAAAUUUUCGCUGAGCGGAAAAGGUUCGUAGUAAUGCUCAGUGCUGGAAUUUCAGAGUUUUCUUCUAGAUUCCUUGAAAUCCCUAUAAUAAAGAUCUCUUUUCCCGGAAAACUCCGGUCAGAUGAUGAAUGUGGCAUCUGAAUGCUGUGGAGGAAAAAAGGACGCUUGCGCAACCUUUUUAUGGCAGUAAAAUGUUCAAGUUAUCGAUCCAGAAAUUUUCGCAGUGGUGCCCAGUUUCGUCCCUUCUUAGUGGAGAAUUAAAUUGCGACCCUGCUCGCCAUAGAGCUUCCAGUAUCUCAGUGAUUACAGCAUUCGAACUAGAACUCUGAGGAUCGUGAGUUCGAUUGUCACCAGGAGCUCGGAAUUUUUUUCCGAGUUUUCUGAUGUUCAAUUUUUUUCCUUCCAAAUUAGAGAUAUUUUUUGCUUUUAUUGCCUACUUUAGGAGAUCAAGGUGUACGUGGCCCGCCUGGAAUAAAUGGAACUGCUGGUGACAAGGGUGAAAAGGGACCGCCAGGACCGGCUGGUGCUACUGGAGAAGAUGGGUCUGCGGGAGAAGAGGGAGCUCGUGGUGACAUGGGGGAGCCAGGGACAAUGGGUUCCAAGGGUGAGAAAGGAACACCUGGUUUGGAUGCCUUUGAUGGAGAUCCUGGGGUUAUUGGAACACCUGGUAAGCUGUCUCAUGAUUAAACCAAAGAAGACCAAAAUGAAUUUUCCCCUAACAAUAUUAACACAUCAUCGUUAGUUAUUAAGUUAGUAUUUCGCAAAUUGACGUUUGACCUUUCCUUAUUUUUUAUUUAUUUAUUUAUUUUUUAUUCUUUGUGUAGGUUACACACUUAUGCCUUGAUUGUGGAUCAGUGUUUUUAGAUUUUUUUUCUUUUUAGUGCAUUUACGUCACAAUAAUAUUGCGCAGGUGAUCGCGUUACAUUAGCUGAAAUUCAGCAAAUUGUUUGCAAUUUCUCCCUAACCUGAUCUACCUGGAUUCUCCGGGAACUUUUGGAAACUGGUUAACAAACGAACGUCAUUUGGGCCGUUUAAACGAGGAAAAAUAAGACGCAUCUUACAUAGGAUGCGUCCUAAAUAAGACUCAAACUAUCACUUAUAAACGGCACAUUUCGUUUACCUAAGAACAGCCCCUAACACCUGUUCUUCGAUAAGACGCGUCUUUGCUAAAUCGCGUCUUAAUGCGCCGUUCAUAUGGAAUAGUUUGCGUCUUAUUUAGGACGCGUCUAAUGAAAGACGCGUCUUAUUUUUCCUCGUAUAAAUGGCCCGAAUGAGUUGCUGUAAGAGUUGACAAUAAACCUCAACGUUGCAGCCAUUAAUUGUUUACUGUCUUCACUUUUGCCGGUAGUGGAGUAACAUCUUUAAAUCGAGGGUAGUAUGAGUAUUUUAUUCAUGGUUCGUGGAGUCUUGAAUGCUUGAAAAAGUCUUAAAAAUUUGCCCAGCAAUUUUCCAGAGCUGGAAAAAGUCUGGAAAAAUUUGUAAAAAGUCUUUAGUUUUGUUUUCAAAACUAAAAAAGUGCUUUAAGAGUGAUUUUUUUAGUAUUGGUGAAAUCUUACUUAAUGUCGCCUGUAUGUUUGCUUCAUUCGUCCUUUAUGGUCUCUAUUGAUCACCUACAGAUGUAUUUGAAAACCUUGAGUCUGCAAAAGGAAGUAAAUGUUUUGGAAAAAUGUCUGGAAAAAGUCUUGAAUUUUGGAUCCAAAAAUCUGUUCGAACCAUGGGAGUAUUUCAUUGAAAAGGAGAAUUCAAGUGCUGAUCACUCUCGUUUUGUUUAACAGGAAACAAGGGCGCUAAAGGUCCAUCUGGAUCGCGUGGACCACCAGGACAAGCCGGGGCCAAAGGUAGAAAGGGGGAAGAUAAAGUUGUCAAGGGAUUAAAGGGUGCAAGAGGAGAGAUGGGACCACCAGGAACUCCAGGAGAAACAGGACCUCCCGGGGCCACCGGACCACAAGGUAAUUAUAUUUUUCUCCUUUAGAUAUAGGGGCGUGAUGGUCCUACCGCAGUCAAAUAUGUCUGAGGCGUUUCAAUGGGAUUUCAUGUAUUAAAAAAUUUCCUACGUGGAAACGCUAAAUCUUUAAUGUAUUCAUUUUCAAUUUUUUCUCUGAUAAAUGAGAGCGCCUUUUCGCGGCCAAGCAAAAUUGUGUGACGCCGACACAUCAACAGUGAUAGCUUUCAAAGCGUUAAGUGAUUUGACAAAGUAUUAGUAAUGUGUUUAACUAAACUCGCUUCUGGCCCGCUAGAGACGUUUCGCGGGAAGGACCGGGCAGAGAUGGCUGCAUUCGCAUGCUAUCAUUGAAAACACUCUUAGCUUCCAUAUUCUACCACGCAGGGCCGGGUUGUUCGAAGCUGGGUUAAGAUAACCCUGGGUUAGUGCGAAAUUUGAACUCAGAUAUGAGAGAUUAAAAAGCAAAUUCAGUUAAAUUCUCUUUGCCAACAAUUUGGUAUUUGGAUACUCUAAAAAGAAUAGAGAAAAUUAUCCGAGAGAGUGCUUUUGAUAAAAAGGUAAAGAAACCGGGGUUAAAAUUUAACCCUGGGUUAGUGCUAACCCGCGUUCGAACAACUGGGCCCUGCAGAUGUUUAUACUGAGGGCUUCGUGAAGCUGGACAGGAAAGCUAAGAAACAAAAAAAGGCAUUUAACCGUAUACCCAUAUAAGACAUUCCCUUGCUGCGUAAAAACGUUCUAUAAAUUUUAACGAUUGUUCGAAAAGUCAGUACAAUCUGUAUCCUACACCCAAGUAUGGUGGGUGGAAGGUGGAGGGAUGUGAGAUUAGAAACUGUGAUAUUCAACGGUCGUUGUUUUAUCUUAUUUCCAAUUUUCCAGUGGUAUUUUUCAAUUUACUUUCUUUCCUUAACUUUGCUUUACUUAACUUCUUUUUAGUUAACUUUUUAAAUGUCAACUUCAGAGCAGUACUUAAGGCUCACGCGCAAGACUCACCAACAGGAGUAACAACAACAGCAACAACCUUAUUUGUACUCCACAUUGAAUUAUAUAUCUGUCUUGAUUUGAUAAAAGGUACCUCCAGAAAUUGCAAGUACGUCUUAACAAUUUGACCCGUGAGGUCAAUAAAAAGCAGUUGAAAGUCGCCAGUUAGGUCUUAAAACGGACGAAUUAAUCGCUGGCAACACACGAAAAGUUGCUCUUGGCAAAAGCGACAGAUUUGUAACGAAAUGAAUAACAUAGUGAUAUGCCCGACUAAAACAGACCUAGAAUCCACCUUUCUUGACCCCACAAUCGGUUGCCUAAGACAAAAUCACUUCAACUAAAUACUUACAAAGCGUUUUCAUGCUUGUACACAAUAUUCUUAUAACACGAGCGCCACGACAUACCUGAAAUCUGUCUGUCAACAACUUCAGGAAAUCACACAAUUAGUAAUGGUAACAGGACUGAGUGGAGUCCUAUUGGGUCUGUAAUCAUACGAGUGAUUAACAAAAUCGGACGACCGCGUAGCGGAUUUGUUUAAUCACGAGUAUGAUUACAGACCGAAUUGGACGACACGAAGUUCUGUUACCAAUUAAUCAUAACUUUAACAAAAUUUGUGAUAUAAUAGGCUAUUUUUUAAAUCAAAACACAAGAAAUUAGAAAUUUUGUUUUGCUAGCAGUGAAAAAAAAAAGCCAUUUAAGCGCGCGCGUGAUGGCGAAUACUGUCCAGUUACUUAGGCAUGACGGUUACUGUCCUAUCAAACUGUCCAAUUAAGGCUGAAACCAGGGCAGUUGAUAGCCAAUCAAAUUUGACAAUUUUGUUAUGGUUAUGAUUAAUCACGUUCGCGGCACUGAUAAAACUAUCCACAACCAACAUUACUCUCUCUCAAUAACUCUUGCUUUCUCCACAUAAAUCAUCACAUGUAAACUUUGCUGACACAGUCGAUUUAUUCAAGAUCCCGGAUGUAGACGAGCCGUUUUGAAAGGGACACAUGGACGCCGGCCUUCAAAGCAAAUUUUUACCAAGUCUCUGGCCUGGUCAGAAACCACCAUCAAUUUUGCUCUCGCCGAAUAGUUUUGACUCCUAAAAGUUACUUUUUGAGGCCAGAGACUCGUCACCGCCCACAUCAAAGCUCACAAUAUGAUGCCUUUCAAUUCCUUCUCAAGCCCGAGAUCGGUGUGUUUCACCCGUUUAGCCAAAAUGAGACGAAAUACGGUAACAUAUUGGACGACGGCAGACUUUGCCAAUCUUGAAACUUGUUCCUUCAUAAGGCUUAAUGAUGCCUUCCGGAAAACUUUGCUGCAGGCGGCCAAAAAGAAACGUAGAAAAUUAACCGACCGCGGAAAACAACUUCUACCGGCGCGCUGAUUUCAAAUGUCAUAGUGUUUUAUGCCAAGGAGAGAAUUAUGGGAAAUGAUAGGUAGGGGAGAGCUGCGGAGGCGGGGGGAUAGGGGGGUGUGGGAAGAUGUAAACAGCAUAUGAAACACAUGUUUUUUUUAUCUACUACAGCUUUUAAGGGGAUUUUUGUACUGCCAAGAUCAUUAAAAAAAAGAAUGGUCAAGUACUGAACAAGCCUCAGAUGAGACUGUUGCUAAAAGUUUGUGGAGGUACCUUUUAUCAAAUCCAGACAGAUAUAUAUAUAUAAAUACUUUUACAUAUAGAGAGAGCACAGGCUGCCCCCAGUAACCAUUAAGGGCUGAAGAGAUUGGGCAGCCUUAUUUAAGUUAUUAAUAAAUGAUUUGUUAAGGGUCAGGUACACACGACACACAGCUGCACAGAAAAAAAACGUAAAUAAAAGAAAAAAAUUCAGACAGCAAACAAAAAAACUGUGUCAAUAUAACAAUAUGUUAUACUCAUUUCUCUUUGUCCUUAGGUCCGCCUGGCCUGGAACCGGGCCCUAGAGGAGACGCUGGGGUACCGGGAUUACCCUCUGAUCAGAAGGGAGAAAAGGGUGAUGCAGGAACCCCAGGGGGAAAUGGUCUUCCGGGUUACCCUGGUAGCAGAGGAGAAGCUGGACCUCAAGGUGGGAUCGGCAUUGCAGGAAAAUCUGCAACUGGUGAAGGAUUUCAUCUGGUCGUUCACAGCCAGUCCACUAGCAUACCUGAUUGCCCAAUGAACUUAACUCGACUGUGGACUGGAUACAGGUAAAACUGCUUAUUGGGCUGCCUGUGGCAAAGAAAAUCUAAAAAUAAAAGGCGUAGUCUGUGCAGCAAAAAAAAAGGCUUUACGGACAAAAUUGGAAAUUUACGACGACUCCAUUGUCUCGCAUUCCGAGAAGAGACUUGAGCAGAAAGAAAACCAAACCAAACAUAGAGAUAUGACCAGAAAGCCUCGGAGUCAUUGUAGGUUUUUUGUGCAUUGAACGUGGAAGGAGAAUCAAGCAGUUUUUGAGAAGUUACGUAAGGCUUAAUUUGAGGCACCCCUUCAUUAUUAGGGAGCUUAAGCAAAGGUGUUUUUGAGCGACGCACGUCAACCGGAAGUGAGGUCUUUUUCAUUUUAAAGCACCUUGACGCUCCCAAAUUUGUAUUUCUAAGUGUCUUAGCUAUUAUAGAGACGAGUUGUCCUAAAAGAUGGGCAAAACCAUUGUCCAAAAAUGAAAAAAGACCACUUCCGGUUGACGUGCGUCGCUCAAAAACGUCUUUGCUUAAGUUCAUUAUUAUAAGGCUUCUUCGUGAUGACCAAUUUUAUAUAGUACGUGUGUUCAGAGAGAGGCAAUAAAGGCAGCAAUUAUUGAGAUCGGGGUCGCAUAUAACAAAAUUUAAAAAUAGUAAGAAAUUAUAGUCUAACCUCUCUUCAUGUAUUACGGACAGUGUUCUUUGUCCUAAAUAUGACAAACGCUAUAUACCUAAUUCAAUAAAGAUUGCUGUAGAAAUUGGCCUUUGGAAUUUGGGCAUAACUAACACAGUGCAAUGAUUUGCCUAAGUGACCGCCAAAUAAUAUCUUCCCAGUGCGCAAUUGCUCAUUAUCCAAAACAACCUUAACAGAAUCUGGUACAUAUUCCCUACCUCAUAACAGACACCCCUGUUAUGGGGCCAAAAACGGCUGGAUAUUGCACUGGUACUCGUUUUUGUCGGUAAAAUGCUAUAAUAAAAUGAUCUUUUUCAGCUUGCUCUACUUCCUGGGUCACGAAAAUUCGCACGGUCAAGAUCUGGGCGCGUCAGGUUCGUGCUUGAGGCGUUUCACCACCAUGCCCUAUCUCUUCUGUAACGUGUACGAAGUGUGCCAUUACGCUUCCAGAAAUGACUACAGCUAUUGGCUAACCACAGACUUGACCAUGCCCAUGAUGCCCGUCAGCGCCACCGCUAUUGAGCCCUAUGUUAGCAGGUGCUCCGUGUGCGAGGCUCCGGGACCUGUGGUCGCAACACAUAGUCAGUCAACAGAAACCCCGAGAUGUCCCGCAGGUUGGCAACCAAUUUGGAACGGAUACAGUUUCAUCAUGGUAAUCUUCUUUCUUUUAUACAGUCAGUUAGCCUGCAGAGCGUUUUCUUUAAAAAAAAAAAAAACGGGACCUAGAGGUACAUGGAGGAGGGCCAGGCAAGGGGAAGGGGCGGGGAGAAAAAGGAUAACCCUGCUCCUCCCCCUCCCCUAUUUUGAUGCGUCAACCUCUCCCUUGGAUUCACUUUUUGACUCGCCCCAACUCUCGGUAGGUUUGAACGUCCAAAUCGUUCGCAGUGCAAAAUACGCUUGCUUCGCAGGCUAACAGUCUGUCAGCCAGUCAUUGGACACACUGGGUACAUGAACCAGUUUUCGCACAUCAACGGUUAUUAUGGAAUGUAAAGACACCCAUUAACUAAUGACAGCUAACUGCUUAAAUGAUCUCGGCUAUCCCACAUGCACAUCACGCCGAAGCCAAAUUAGCUGCACUGUAGUAUCAAAAGCAUAGUAAGAAUAAACAAAAAUAGCAAUCAACAGAUCACGACUACUAUACGAUUAAGUAUAUCUGCUAGUCAGAAUACACAUCCCUAUCUCAGUGCCAAGGACUAGAACCCAGUCCCCCUAGACUAUUUCAGCGAGGACGUUUUCAGGCUCCUUUUUAGCUUCUUAUCCUGAUUACAUUUAUUUGAUAAGUUUAUACAUGUGAGUUGUGUCUCAGAGGCACAUUGAUUCACUAAUUUCUUUCCCUUCCGUUUCUUCACGGCUGGCACUUUGCUUCUUGGUAGUGACUUAGUAGUCUUCAAGCAAUAGCACCUCAUCUGGUUCCACAAAACAAGAUGCUCUUAGAGCGUUAAUUCGGGCUACAAAAUGUGCGCGUUAGGUGAGACAAAGUCAAGUUUCAAAGAAUUGAGGUUAUUUCUUUUUGCGAUGAAUAACUUAUAAAGCCACUAUUUGAAGAGAAACCACUGAAAUAGUCGAUGCAUCGUUUUAAAAAAUUAAAACAGGAGAAAACAUGAGCUUCCAAGACAUCUUUUGGUUUUCAACCUCCUAAUGACUUUAAAACUGCCUUGAAACCGAUAACAGUUGCUUAUAUUGUUUUGUUUUUCUCUUUCUUACUUACAGCACACUGGUGCCGGUGGUAGCGGCAGUGGACAAGCUUUGGCCUCGCCCGGUUCUUGUCUCAGGACGUUCCGCCCCAAUCCUUUCUUUGAAUGCCACGGCCGGGGCACCUGCCACUACUUUGCUAAUAAAUACAGCUUCUGGCUUACCACUGUUAACAGCAUGUUUAAUGCAACACAGACCCCUGAGACGCUUAAAUCCGGCAAUCUACUGAGCCGCGUCAGUCGCUGUUCCGUUUGCUACCGAGUGGCCAGUAAAAAGAAGAGAAGACGCCGCGCUUUCCCCAUGGAUAUUCCCGAACUGAACGCGGGAACGGCGUCGCGACUUAUGAGUCAACACCGUCAGUCUUAGAUAACAAAAAAUUAGAUGGAUUGAACUUUAUUUUUAAGCUUGGUGUUCACGAAAUAACUGGUGCGUUUUGCUUCUUGUUCGUCACGCAAUACCGUCUUGGUCACGCAACACGUCCCUUUUUUGUAGUUGUGCACCUGUUCGACUCCUAAACUGGCGACCACAAUUGAAUUACGCUGCAGUUGUUAAGAAAGUUUAUUAUUUUGUUGUUAAUAUUGACUGCACACGCUAGCACCUUGCAAUUAGUAUAAACCAAAUUACUGCAUUUGAUUCUGUUUCUUCUGGAUCCCUUUCCUGCAGUUCCCCGUUAAAUGCAAGAUUCCAUAAUGUUUUGUUGCGGAUGUUUAUUUAAAUUAACAGCACGUAUAAAGGUGAGGGUUGUCAAAGCCCUCAAUUAGACAGCAGUUAUUGGCUGAGAUCUCUAGAGACCCCCUUAAAUUUUCUCUGCCAUUGUUCCGUGUCUAUUUUGCCGUACUCGUGUUUGAGGUAUAAAAAAAAACAGGUAUAUAAAAAUUAUGUUUUAAAAAAAGAAGCAGCCGUGGAAACCACAGCUAAUAAACCGGCGUACUGAACUCGUGCCUCUCGUUGCUCGAUUUUUACCCUGGUCGUUUGUUAUCUUUGAUUUUUAUUAAAAGAAAACUUAGCUUUUCCAUCCAAGAGACAAUUUUGAUCCAUGUGAUGUGUUUCUAUCAUUUGCAAUUGCUGUCACGAUGUAGAGAACACGUUAUCGGCUCUGAUUUUUAUCCCCGUGCGAUAAGACGUAUAUUUAGCCAUUAGAAAAUGCUUCUGGGCACUACUAUCUGCCCAUUUAGUUGAUUUUCCAUCUCGCUUUUACGAUCCAACCACGGUGCGUGAAGCGAGGCCUGAUAAUACUCUGGCAGCUUUUUAGCACCCCAACACAAGUAAACUUGUCGUAUGUUGCAACGCCACUAUUAUCUUUUUACGACCCAUGCCUUACAUGAUUUAAGGUGUCUCUCAGAGGGGAAGUUUAAUAUAGCAUGAAGUAUCUGUUAUUGUAUUAGCAAUACACAGUAAUCUUGGUAGCUUUCCUUUCGGUCAAACCAAUGUGACACCAAGAUAGUCAAUGUUUGGAAUUUAAAACUAUUGUAGUUGGCGUAAUGAAACGCACAAUCGUAACUCAGUCAACAAAAUAGAUCAGAAAAAAAGUUUUGUAUAGUUGAUACGGAUUUGCAUUAACUGAAAGGAAAGCUCUUUGUAAUAAAAGGAAAAGUUAAAAAUUAAAAAAACUAUCUUAAAUAGCAGAUAAUUGUAGUGCAGACAAUUGAAAUUACGAAGUUAUUAAGUUUCUAGUCUACUAUGUUAAUAUUAGUGCAAAUCUCUUAUAUAAUUAUGAUUAAGUUUACAUUAUUUGCGUAAAGAAUUGGACAAAUGUAAAAGACGAAAUCGUUAGAAAUCUUGCUUUUGAUCAUAUUUUGCAAAAAAUCAAGGGUACUGGUCAUGAAGAUCAUGAUUUUGUAAUUUUUGUAAACUGAAGUAUGGUUAAUAAAAAUGUUAUUAUAAA